AGCAGCACAACGGCGGCGGCGGCGGUAGCUACGAAGUCGAUUCCGUCGACAGUGUCCGUGCGUGUUGGUCGUGUGUCUUCGUGUUGUUGUGUUGUGUGCGCGUCUACAGUCCUCCGCUGUCGCAUUGGUGAAAGAGGAAAACCGAAAAAAAAAAAAUAGAUAUAUUUCGCAAUCGUGGUGUAUAUCCCGAUAAUACGGCAACGUAGGUGGGUAUCGAUACGCGCAAUGAUCGAAGGUUUCGUUGGAUAUUUUAUGAACAUUAAUAAUAAUAAUAAUAAUAUUAUUAUUAUUAUCGUCAAUCGCGAAUAGUCGUCGAAAAAAACGGGAUUUGGCUUAUAAGUUGUAUAUUUUUUUUUUUAUUGUAUUGCGUGUUGUGUGUUUGUGUGUGUGUGUAUAAAGUGACUGUCGACCGAGAGUAGCUUAUUGCAGCAGCACGAUGGAAGGUUUAAACAAUGGGGUCGGCAAAGAUUGCAAUGCCCUCGGCGGAUUGUUCCAGCAGAUCGUCAUGGACCUAAAGGUAAUAAUACAAUCACGAUAAUAAUGCUGGUAAUAUUUUCGUUAAAAACGUUCGCCGUCUACGACUGUUGCGAAUACCCUCAGCCGCCGUCGUCGCGACCAUCGGCACCGUCGUCGCAGCGGUCCUGCGGCGGUUUUCCUCGCGAAUUUUCCAUAUUAUUAAAGACGCCGUUUACCACCGCCGACGACGUCGCCGGCCUAUUGCGGUUAAACUCGCCUCAUUGUACCCGCCUAAUAUCGCAUACGAACAGUAAAAAAGCGAGACUUUUUUUUUUUUUUUUUCGUCCAUUUAUAGAGCCUUGGAAAAUGUGUGUCGCGGCGUAACGCGGAUUGGUGCACGCGCUCGGUCCGUCGGCCGUGUUACGAAAAACAAAACCGGAACGCCGGCACAAUUCGUACGAUGUUAUCGCGCGCGUAAUGUAACGACGGCGUACGUAUUCUAAUACAAUUUGUACGCGCCCGGGUCGCGCCGUCGAGCUUCACCGCGAACGGGAUGGGGCUGGGGGGGGGCCAUGUUUAGUUUCCAAUAGCGCACUUACCGCGUUCGGAUUGUCGGGCAAAUACAACGGCAUAAUGUUAUACCGAAUACCGCGUAACGAACCGACAACCCGCGCGACCGACGGGUUGCGCUAUUCCGCGGUGGCUCCCCGGGCCAUAAGUGCCGCGGGCACUAGUGCUCGGCGUACCCGUUGUUUCCGUUUAUCGUUUUUCGGCGAUCUCGGUGAACCCGCGUUGGCGAAAACUGCCCGGUGGUGUUUUUAACGGGGUUUUUCACGCACGCACGCACCUGGCCACCGUAUUUCGCCGUGCUCGGUUAUCGUAGACGGUUGCAAUGUACGUAUUGCGAGCGUUUAUUUAUGUUUUUCUCUACAGAAAACCGGCCGUGUUUAAUAGGUGGUACGCGCGGUAAACAAAAUAGCGGAUUCAUAAUAUUGAGAAAAAAAAAAAAAAACAAAAAGCAAUAAAAACAAUAAUAAGUACACGUACGUUCCGCGUGUACCCCGUACCGGUGGUUUAAAACGCAACCGAACGUCGUUAUUACGCUGAUCUCACCCCACGUAUGCGGUCUUGUGUGGGGACAUGUGUUAUAAAGGGACGAAACCUUCGGCCGGUGUUGGCGUACCUACCCAGGUAUACUACGGGGUAGUGUCGGGCACCUAUUAGUUAUUGCACAUUUUAAACCCCCGUUAUCGACGCGCGUGCACAUAUUAUUAUUAUUGCGUUUUUUUUUUGUAUAGCAUACGAAUAUUCUCUUUAACCGACGUUACUUAUCCCGUCUUUCAUUUGCCAUCCCGAAUUUUAUUCAAAAUAAAACGCUCAUUGUUCCGGCCGUUUCUCGUCACCCGGGAACGAGAACAAGUAUCGUGGGAAAGUGCUUCCUCCCCCCCCCCAAAAAAAAACAAAACAAAUUAUUUCUAUAUGGAUCUCGAUUUGCAUGGAUGUACAUCUGCAGAUCUGUAGAUAACAAUAAUACUACAAGUUUCGUACCGUUAGAUUUUUUUUGAAAAUCGUCCGUAAUUAAAAGAUUAAUAUUACAAUUAUUAUUUAGUUUUUUCUCAGUCCCUAAAGAAGGUAUACAGUUUUUAGGCGUCUAUUUUAAAUUUACUAUUUUCGUCGGGCAUUUCAAUUUUGUACGUGCGACCGACUCGAAAACAUACCUAGGACCUAGGUAUCAGCAAUAGUCCGUACGUGGUCUACGAAAACAACUACGCGGCCAAAGUAAACGGGUUAAUUUUUUUCGGUGAACUUAUUAUUAUGUACAAUUUUAAACGGUGCAAUCAAUAUGCAAUGCAAACGGUCGAAUCGUCGCCCGACACGGUGGUUUAGUCUGGCCCGCGAGCAGGAUUUCUUCACGGGCUGCGGGCUUACGUAAAAACGAAUGCAUAAAAUAAAAUUUGUCCGUCGAUUGUGUCGGUAAGAUCGGGAAUCAAAAGUUAAUUACUACACGCUGUACACUUCGGGAGUCUCGCAGAAAUGGACUUGCGUUUAAUUCGUUAAAUUUAACACCCGGCAGUCAAUGACCCAGAUGCAAAAAAAAAACAAAGACAUGCCCCUCCUCCCCCUUACGUGCGGGCAUCGGUCUUCGGCGCAUAAGAUAUUUUCAAUUCGCAUACGAAACGUUGCAACGUUCCCGGGAACCAGGACCUAUUUCUACACCCAGAUACGCGUGCCGAAUUAUUUUUUAGCGGCUUAUUCGAAUACGAGUCCGCUGGUAUCGCGUACAAAAAAGUGUAUAGUUCUCUAUAAUAGUACACAAGGCAGUCGUCGACAUGUACCGACUAUUAUUAUUAUUAUUAUCGACGACUACCGUUUGUAUUUUAUUAUUAUUGUUGAUGUUAUAGGUAUAUAGGUACAUACUAUUAUGUGUGUGUAUCGGGGUUUUUUUUUUUUCUACGUCACGCGAUUUGUACGCGGAGUUUUAUUUUUGUUCGUCGGAGUCUAUACAUAAUAAUAAUAAUAAUAAUAAUAUAAUAGUAUUUUCGUUUAUAGUAUUUGUGAAAUACAUGCUACACAAUAUACAUACGUUACUUCCAUUCCGUCGCGCAACAUAUCCAUAAAACGACAAAUAUUGUUUAUAAAUUCCGCCCACUCCACACAGAAAACACUGGCCGGACGAAAUAUUGGCCGAACGUGUUACACAUUAAUUUUUUUUUUUCAGUCGAAGUUAAAAAAAAAAAAAACUACUAAAAAAUACGCUCCGCGUCCUCUUAAAACCGUUCACGAAUCGUUAAGCCCGCGUUAAUUUUUUUUUAUUGUUUUUCCUUUCGUCCCUCGGCAGCGGCGUGCGUUUUCUUCUUCGACUCGUCUCGCGACGACGAUGAUGAUGAUGAUGAUAAUAAUAGUAAUAUUGAAAGUUUUAUACACCUAGUUUACAGAAAAGAAAAAAAAAAGAUAUACUAAAACCGAAACUCGUAAAUAACUUUCAAAAAACUGGUAUCUCAAAAAUCGUAAAACAUAUAAAAAAAUAUAUAUAUAUACAUAUGUAUAUAUAUAUUUAUUUUUUUUAUUUCGAUAUUAUAUGAUGGAUUUAUAGUAGCCGUGCAACAUAAAUUACACCCAGCCGUUUCGUAUUGUUGUACACGCGGACAGUUUAUUAUGUUUAGUUUCGUUGUUUUUUUUUUUUUUUUUUCCCGUUUUUUCCUGAAUCGAACUAAUAGUAGAAAUCUUUCAAGCGUAUUUCUACGGUUUCGGUUUUGAAACGAUAAUCGUCGUUAUACCUAUUCAGUUAUGAAUAUAACUAUUAACACGACCACGUUAUAAAUACCGUAAUAAUACGUAAAAUUUAAUUCGUAAUAACGUCCGGGUGGGUACAAUAAUACGAUGAUUAAUGGAUAAUAUGUAUAUAAUGUGUAUAUUAUACAUGAUAUAUAUAUAUAUAUAUAUAUAUAUUUUUUUUUUUUGACAUUUUAUGAAAUAUGUAACAAAUACGGAUUUUUACAGAGUAUUUCUCUCUUGUGUGCCUAGAUUUGUAUAUAUAUUUUUUUUUAGAAUCAAGUUUUAGGUGCCGCAGCGAACGUGAAUUACGUCCCGAUAAUAUUUAACGACUACACGAAUUGCGUCCCAACGUCAAACACAUUAUUAUUUUCCUUUCUAUUUUAUACAGAUUUGUUAGGACCGUCAACUGCAACUCAUUACUAUUGCAGGUAGGUUAAAAAUAUUGAUUUUGGUCGUUGUUACGCGAUUAAAAGUUUAAAUGAUUUCGCUUUAAAUUAUUACCCAGGUUUUUGUCUAAUAAAUAUAAUUCAGUAGAAUUUUUAAUAUGAUUAUGAUCAUUUGCCCGUUCUAUAUCGUCUUUUUAUCAUUUUGUUUAAAAUAUAUACACGACUGACGUUUUUGUACAGCAAUUCCAACGUUGAAUAUCGUUCUUUAAUGUUUUAAUAAUUUGUGUAUAUCUAUUGGAAUUAAAGUUUUAUUUUUUUUUCACUUAAAACCAUCAAUGUCGUUUUAUUUAUACGAUUUGAAAUCACGCAAACGCGAUCAAAUACUAUACGAAUUUAUACAAGUAGAUACAACGUUAUAACUAUAGCUCGGAUGUUAAUGACAAAAUUGUCUAUAACAUAUGCCUUAAGUGUACCAAAUGUAUUUGAAUGUAUAUUUUUCAACAAAUAUAUGCAAAGAAGGUGUUAAUAUUAAUUUAAAAUAAAUUAUAUACUCGUUUAAUCUACAGUAGGUAAUACCCACCGUACCUACCCACAGUAAGUAUAUAAAUAACUAGGCAGUAGGUAUGUCAGCGACUUUUAUCGAUAGUGCUAACGCUAGCGUAUACGUAAUGAUAUAAAGUAUUUGGUUAAUAGUUACCGUAUAAAUUUUUAAUAUUAUAUUUAAAAUUGUUGAAAAUAUGCUACUAAAUUUAGAAAUAAUCAAUAUAUGCAUUUAUAUGCUUGAAAAUGUCAAAUAUGCAAAUAUAUGCAAAAUAAGUUUGCAUGUUUUAAAUCUAGACGUCAUGAAUCGAAUUUAUAUCAUAUUCGGGUAUAAUUCUGAUUUUACUGAAAAAAAUAUGCAGUCAUAAACAUCCAAGCUCUAGUUAUAAAAGUACGAACGAACUACGACCAAACAGACGACACACAUACUAAAAGUAUAAUCUAUAAAAAAUAAUAAUUUUUAUAAAACUGGGAUAUAACCGCAAAGUAUGAUUUAUUCAUAAAAAAAAUAAUUCCCUUGUAGGAUUUUUUUUUAUCUUGGGACGCAAUUUGUGUGCAGUCGAUUCUAUUAUGAUGUGUGGUUUUUAUUAUUUUUUUUGUCCGUUAACGAAUUUUCCACAUUUUUUAAUUACAUUACUGAGAUUUUUAAUCAUAGGCGUUUUUUUUUGAUGAUAAGUUUUGUAUUUAUAGUUAAUGCAACGGAGGGUCAUUUUUUGAUUUUCCUCGUAUAUUUAUAUCUUAAUAAUUUGGAAAACACCGGGGAAUCGUUUGAAAUGAAAAUCGAUUGAAAAGUAAUCGUAGAGACUCAGACAUUUUCACUCGAUAGGUACUAUUAGCUCUUUUUUUUUUACAAUUUUCCAAAUUAUUCUGGUUAUCUUUGAGCUAUAUUUAUAUAGGUAUUUUACAUUUUCGCAGUUUUACUUUUAGUUUGAAUUUUUGAAUUUUGACUUUCCUACCUAAUACCUAAUAAAUCGUACCGUUAUUCUUAGUUAAAAAUUCGUCAGAAGAGGUGGUAGAGGGAACACAGUACCACAGUUACCAGUUUACUGAUUUCGGUUGAGCGUACAAAUGGAGAAAAAGGGGAUAGACGUAAAAACUGACAUUCUUGUAGUAAUAUAAUAUUAGUUAGCUUAUAGCUUAUAGCUUUAGGUAUUGAGAGUUAAUAGUUAGGUACGGAAAAACAGAUUCGCCAGAUCAAUUGUUUGAACUCUGCUGCGUGUUUUUAAUUAAAAUGAAAUAAUAACAAAGCGCUUAUUAUGUAUUAUAAAAUAAUAUUAUAUAACGAGGAGAUGAUAAUACGAAGGUUAGAAAAUAUUUUUAAUCAUCGUUUUUUAUUAUUUAGAUGCGAAUGCAGAUAAAAAUCGUACGAUUUCGCAAAAAUAAUAGUUAUUAUUAAAUGCUAACUAAUUAGUUAUUUUGCGUGUGUACGAGUAUGCAUGAAAAGUAUUAGUUUGUAUUAAUUAACAUGUUUUGUUUUUAUUGUAAUGUAACAUUUUGAUCUCUGUAAAUAAUCUGUUGGACUUUGGGUCAUUUAUAGGUCGUAAAUAAAGUUGGGUAGUUUUUUUUAUUGUUUUGUUCCGAACAUGGACGAAAAUUAAUUAACACUUAAAAUGUACGCUACGGUGUUAAAACCCAUCAGAAUGAAAAAAAUAAAAUAAUAAGACGUGUAAAUACGUAGAGUUUUUUAAAUGUGGAAGAAUCUUUUCAUAAUGUUUAUAUUGUUUAGACCUAUUUGUGUGUGUUUAUGAAUAGCGUUUAUUCCUAAGUUUAUUCAUACGUUCUCUGGUGACUCAGAUACUGUAUUAUUUAUGAAUUUAAUAAUAAUACAGAGUUCAUUUGUAUCAUAGGAAUAACAGUUCAAAGUCAGUUCUCCCUAAACAAAUAUACGUAACAAAAUUUGUCCAUGUCGAAUAAUAACAGUAAAGUACAUAUUAAACUAUUAUCAUAUUAUUUUGUUACAUUAUAAUAUUCUCAAAUGGUAUUGUGAAACACAAAAUAUUUCAAUUUUACAAAAUCUUUAUCAUUUAGUUUAUCAUUUUUUUGAAUAGCAACUAUUCACAACUAUUCAUAUUGAUAUAUUGAAUGCGCAGCCAUUCAAUGAUAAUAGACCUGCAAUUUUAUAUUGAAAAUUAUAAUAUUCGAAAAUAAUAUAUUUUCACGCUAGAACGCGUCGUUUUUCACAUUUUUUUCGAUUUUUUAAAAUUUGAAUAUAAUUUUUAACAUUUUUAAUGAUACGAAUUCCACUAAUCGAUUUGUUGACAUCGCGGGAAUAUGGGUACAUAACUCAUUGUCGAUUUAGCAUGUUUCAAAACCGUGUAUUCUUUAAACGAUAACCAACAUAUAGAAUCUCUAAAUUGCUUUUUUUUUUUGCAUUUAAAAUUGUUAAAUAAAAGAAUUCUAAAAAUUGAUUUAUUUUAUUUUUUAAAAACAUAGGUAUUACAAAAUUUGACGUUAAAACAUUGAAAAACUGAGUUGAAUACAAACUGUAGGAAGAAGUAUUUCGUUUUUAAUCAAUAAACCAAUUGUCGAAUCGAACCAUUCUACGAAGAUCGAAAUAAGAGAUUUUUUCCCAGCAAUGGGCAUGUUUUUAAGCCAAAAAAUGCGCUACCAACGUACCUCUUAAUAGAUUUAUUAAUUAUUAUUGCACAAAUCAUUGUAAAUGCAUAAUUAUUGAUAACACUUGAAUAUAUGAAUUAUGGCAUAUUUUGAUAUAAUUUCCGUAGAUACAUUAAGUAUUACAUGACUAUAGUAACUAUAUAAUCAGGUAGUUUUCUAAAAUAUUUUGAUUUAGUAUCAAAAUCCUCUGCAUAUAUAGGUAACAAAAGUUACACCUUUAUUUGUACUUUUUUUUUUACACGAAUUCGUUAUUCCAAAAAUAGUUUGUUGAUAAAUUAGUCGUGACAAAAUAAAACAUCAACAUUUAAAAGACUGAAAGAGAUUAAACGGAUUUACGCGGGUUUAGUUAAAUUAUUUAAAAUAAAGAACAACAUGUUAGUUCCAAAAAAAUUUUAAUAGGUAUACUAAAAAAUACACGUAUUAUCUGAGUAAUAUGAAUAAAAAAUAUUUUUCGACUAUAAAUUACGAUAUUUUUCGACCGUUAAGUCAUAAUUUGUUUUUUAAUGUAUUGUAUUGUUUUAAAUAAUUUUUAAAAAAAAUCAUACACAUCUGUUGUCUUAUGUCAAAUUUUUUUUAUUUAAAAAAAAUUACAAGCCUCCGAACCAAACAAUAAUACAAUUAUAUUAAAAGUAAAUUAUAUAUACAGUAUAGUAUAUAAUAUAUACCAUUAUAUUAUAUAUCAUAAUAUAAUAUUAUAUAACAUUAAUAUUAUCUACACUGCAUUUUAUUAUAGUGGACACCACUUUAUUUUAUCAGUUUAUAAGUCAAUUUAGAUUAAUACAAAAUAGUAUGUAUUACAAUUAAAUAUCUCAUACAUUAAUAAGACAUGAUAAUAAGAACCGGACAACACCACUCCACUAUUUACCCCUUUCUUUCUCAAAAAAGAUUCCUCGACUCAUUCGGCCAUCGGAUCCUGCCUUGGCGACUCGUCAUCUUUUUCGUCUUCCCGCGAGUGCGUGUUAUUCCGGCUUAUUACCAAGUAUCAAGUUUCUACGUGUAUUUAUAAUCGAAUUAUAGCAAAAAACUACCAAAAAUUAAAAUUCCUCAAAAGCUCAGAAAUAGCUCAAAAGUUUUGGCGAUGAUACCGUAAGAACGUAAAUCAAAAAGUUAACUAAAAAGGUAUCUUGUGAUUUUUCGAUUAAAUUAUUUUUUCUAGUAGAAAACGCCGUCCUUGUUUUUUUUAUAAAAUAAUGAAAUCGUGCAAUUAUUUGUUUUCCUACGUUUUUUUCCACUUAAGUGCUUUUAUUUACAAAAUGGCGUUGAAAAUCAAAAACGAAUACUUCAGAGUACCAUCUAGACAACUUGAGUUUUCAGAAAAGUUGCUACACGUAAAAAUCGGAUCAAGUUUACUAGGAAAAACGUGUCCACAGACUAGAACAAAGAAAGAAAGGAGAAGAAAAAAUAAACAGCAUUGUGAAACCGAUAGCUCCCUCGCUACGCUUGGAAUCUAAAACUCAUUAUUUCAUUUUACUUUAGUUAUUUUUAUUACAUUUAAUUAAAUUGGUAUUACACUCAGUGGUGUAUCCAGGGGGGAUUGAGGAUUUCGAAAUAAAAAAAAAUUACUAAUAGUUUGAAAAAAGAAUAAAGUGUUAUUACACUUAACAGUUUGUACAAAUUAUAAAAAUUAAUAAUGUAGAAGUCCAGUCUAAUGUAGUGUGUAUAUAAUAAUAAUAAUAGAUAGCUCUAUGGUUAUCGGUUGUCCAAAAAGACAAAGCAUUUUAGUAAAAUUUAUAUCGUAUAGGAUUGUUUUGAAUAAUUUUGAUUGUAUUUUACCUAAAAUAGAAAAGAAAAUAUCUGAAGAUAUUAAAAGCGAAUUCAAACAAUUAGUAGAAACAUAUCAAGAUGUAUAGUUGAUCAAUGUAAGGAUUCAAAUUUAAAUAAUCAUAUUAAACUGAGAAUUAGAUUUUUGGUACACUAAUUAUUUAAAUUUAAGAUCUUUCGAACUAAAAUGCUAUUAAAGUAUACUUCCAAACUAGUUCAGAUGUUUGUGCAGUAAUAUUUAAACUUCUUCAAAUAUUCAUAACAUUUCCAGUGUCUACUACCAUGAGUGAACGAUUUUUUCAACACUCCGUCGUUUGAAAACAUAUUUGAAAAUUUGUUCGGGAUAAAUACGUUUAAAUGGUUUAGCCUUAUUAAAAUAUAUUCAACGUGGAUAUCAAUGAUGUUAAAGAUGAACUUGCUAAAACAUCAAAACUAAAAAUGAAUAUACAUUUAUAAUUUUUAAAAAAGAUAAAUAUUUCAACUUUUAUAUAAUUAGCGCUGUAAAUAGUAAUCAAAUGUUCAAUGUAUGAUUAUAUAAACAAAAUUCAAAACAAUUUCAUUUGUCACAAAAAUGUUUUGAAAAUAUUGUGUUUAUAAUAAAAUUGAUUUUGCAAUUAUUUAGCUAAGUAUUAGACCGGAAUAAAAAAAGUUUUACUUGUGUUUUAUUUCGUACCGUUUCUCGAAUAUGAAAGCCAUGUAUAAUGUAAAAUGUUUGGAGUGAUCUGAUUUUCUUUGAAGAAAAUUAUCAAGAAUUUGUUAUAAUACUCCUUCCAUACGAAUUUGUAGCGCAGAAAAUACGAGAAAACAACGAUUUUCUCAAUCAGAAAUUAUCCUAACUACGUGAAUUAUUUCGCUGAAAAGUUUAGCCUUGCUUGGUUAUUGCAUAAAACCCUUCGAUUAUUAUUAUUUUAAACGAUACACCACAUUUGUUGGGUUUUUAUUUUUCGUGGUGGUCGCACGAGGCCACGCGCGUCUGACAUGACCUAAGACUUGCCCGCUCGAAUUGUACGCCGUCGUCGUCGUCGUUCUGCUCCUUUUAUAUAUGAUACUAUUAUUAUGUAGUUUUUACUGUUCAAUCCUAACUGUUUUUUCUCUUUGCGGACACGGUGAAGGCAAUGGUAGGCGACCGACCGCCGUAAAUGGUCAAGAGACCGGUUUUUUUUGCUUGGAUAUAUAUAUAUAGGUAUGUAUAUAUUGUAUUACUCGGUAUUACCGCAGUUCUAUCGACUAUAAUUGUACAGGUACGACCGAAUGUACCAUUGAAUAAAAUAAUAAUAUCGUACCCGAUAAUACCUCCUAAAUCCUCCCGUAUCUACUAUAAUUCUGUCUGCCGGGCGAUAAAUAUUACUCUAUUAUUAUUAUUGCUGCAGCCCACUAAACGUAUACUUUAUAUAUAUGUACUCAUUAUACUCGUGUUAGAAUAAAACUUUAAUAUUAUUAAUCGUGGGUAAAGUACUACACAAAUUUAUAGUGGAAUGGUUGUUCCUACCAGAUACGAUCGGGGAUGUAAUAAUCAAUAACCGGUGUUUCUAUUAUAAAUGCAAUAUAAAUUUAUUGUCGAAUCCGAUAAUUAAAACUUGAAAAUCGAAUAAAAAUCGACUGUUAUCAUAUUUAUUCCUAUAUUUCUGGUUAAUACCUAUUCGAAAAAAUCUUGGCUCAUAAUUUUUAAAUGCACAGCGCACGCUUUAUAUUAAUAUGUUAAAAUAUAAAGUCGUAUAAACACUCGUAAAGAGUGUCAUCAAACCAGAAUGUUAUGCUUUUUCUUUUUUUAAUUUUUAAUAAUAAUAUACAAAUUUAUGCUUAUUUGUGCCGUGGUGAGCGAAUCGAGUUUAACGUUGGAUAAAAUAAUAAUAUAUUAAUGUUAUUAUAGCCAUGUAUCUCGUAUCUAUCCGGAUUUUAUUAAGUUGUAUUAAUUUAUCACCGCGUUUACGUUUCCCCGUAGCUUGUGGUCGGAUUACUUUCCGGCGUUUUUUACACGUUUUCGUAUGAAUUCUCGCCUAAAAUGAUUAAUGAAAAUGUUUGAAAUACGUUUUAAUACCGAUUGUCGUGAGACGUAAAAGAAACAAAUCGAUCAAUUCGAAAAGUCUAUCUCAAAAAUAUUAUGAAUCUACUGCAAUAUUUUUUAGAAUAAUAAUAUUCUUAUCGCACCGCUAAUGUAAAUGACGAUCGGUAGAAGUAGAAAACGACUAAAUUGCGAUAUUGCGUGCGAUAGAGGAACAAUCCACCGGUUUAUAAUUUACCACAAUAAUCAUUAAUCAUAAAGUAAUAUUCUAUACUUACAAGAGUAUCCAUUUGUACCGUUUAUUUAAGAAAUUGUUUCCGAAUUUUCGCAAGUAUAAUACUAAUGCUAUUUUAAUAUUAUAAUAUUUACUUAUUAGUUUAGAUUUCAUUUUUAGGUCAGGUAGAUAUCGAGUUAUUUCGAUAUAGUAUUUCAUUAAAACUAUAAACCACAACGUUAGUAUGUUCUAUUGCAAUUUCAAAUAUCCCUACGAUUAAUAAAAUGUACUAUAUUUUUAAAUACAUGGGUAAUAUAUAAUACAUUUUAUAAAUAUGUGUCUUGAAGUUCUGGUUUUAAAGUUUAAUAUUAUUAUUAAACGGUUCGAUUUUAUAAUGCCGAAUAUUAAUUUUGUUUGAAUAAUCAAUACUCGAUAAUUUGUGUGACGACUCGCGGUAUUCGAAUACUCCGCAACUUUUCCCCUAUCCAUUUUGAAAGUGGAAUAUUUCACCAAAAAAAAAAAAAAUGGUAAUGUUACACAUAUAUUUUUCAUAUAUGCUUCUUUAAUUUUCAAAAAAUCUAAAAAAGUAAACACUGUCCGAGUAUCUUAUUGAUCUAUUAAGGUAUACCAUAAUUUACAAAUUUCUUCUUAUAUUUUUGGAAUAAUUGGGUUUUUAUUGUAUUUACUGAAGAAUAUUAAAUGGAACGUAUUCCAUUAAUAUAGUCGUGUAAUACCAAAAGCGUCUUCGAUAAGCAUAAUAUUUUUUUUUUACACAUUUUUAAUUGUAGAUGUAAGUACCUACUUCAAGUGAGACAAAUUUUAUUUAUUUUACUAUAUAAGUGUUUUUAAUAUUAUAUUCUUUUAAUAACUUCUGCUAUGUUUAUCUUUCAAUUAUGACAAUAAUUUUGUCAACAGGUUGAAAAAAUUGAUAAAAAUUAAUUUGAGCCUCUUUUGCAAAUACCUUUACGUAUAUCAAAUGUGAAACAGGAAGUAAAACUGGUUUUAUUUAACAGGUCAAUAUGUUUACGAUGAUCUACUCUGUAGUAUAAUGUUAAAAUGAAAGCAAAUUAUAAUAGUUAUGAAUUUAUAUAUUGUUCAAGGUCAGUUUGUACAUUUAUUAUUAAUUUACAUUUUGCUCUGUUAACCCAUUUAAAUCAGAAAUAUUCUAAAGAUGUUUUAAACCUUCUUUCAGUUUUAGUCAAGAUUUUAAAAGUUCAACAUUCAACAAUACUUAAUUUGUAUUAUAUUAUUUUAUAAGUUAUGGUCGAAGUAUUUAAGUAAAUUGCAUUUUUUUCUUUUGUGUUGCGAAUUUUACAUAUAUUUAUCAUAUUUAGGUAGUACUGAUGACUGACAAUUAGUAAAGCUACUUCUACGACAAAAUGUAGGUAUUAUUAUUAUUGUAUGAAACAAAUGAAAGAAAGCUAAUUGUUAUCGUUAAGGUUUGUCAGCGUUUAGUAAAAUUACUUAUAGGUGUUUAUAGAAGAAUUAACGAAAAAAAUAACAAAUGCAAAUUAAUUCCAAUUAAGUUGACAUAUGUUAUACAAAAAUGAAUAUUUAAUGAGGUGAGGUAAUAUAUGGAAAUAAUUGAAAAAAAUGUCUUCGUGACAUAAAAAUAAUAAUCCAAAUAUUGUUUCAUAAAUGUAUGUAAGUAAUACACUAUAUUAGUAGUUAUUUUUCGAAUGUUUGCUGUAGCCAUACAAUUUAUAAUAUAUUUUUAAAUAAUUUGGACAGUCAUAAUUAGUGAGGUUGGCAAAAUUCUCAAGGAGCUUCUCAAAAAUAAUAAUUAUUCAUUGUAUCCUAUAUUACGUACAUCAUAGGUCAUUUGUUUGAAUUUUUGUCCAGUUCUAAGUUUUAUUUAUUAUAUACAGUAUAUAUUAUACACAGUAGAAACCGUUUAUAAUGACAUUUAAAUUUAAAAUUAGUUAUUGUAACCAAAAUGAUAAAAUAAAAUUUAAAAACUUGAUUGUGUAUAAUAUAUUAAUAUAUAAUAUUAUACAGAAUAUUAUAUGUAUUUAUAUGAACAUAAUAUUGUAUUUACUAAAUCGUGACUUCACGUCGUAUAGAAAAAGAAGUUGUAUUAUUAUUUUAAAAUAAAAUUUACAUUCUAUUAAAAUAAUAUAAUAAUAUUAUAUUAUUAAUAUUACCUUUGAUAAAAGUUUUAUACAAUCAUUAUAAAUAACAGAUUUUUCCUAUAUUAAACAAAAAUAACCGUCGUAUAAUCUGUAUAGUCAUUAUACAAAUGUCAAAAUAAUCGAUACAAAUUAGUGCAUACAAUAUAGAAGUUUUGUGGGGUACUUCAAUCUAAGGUAUAUACAAUCGAUAUGUCACUACAAUAGGUGUAAUUAUAAACGUUAUUUACUGUAUAUAAUAGUCAUUCGUAUAAGACAAUCUAAAAGUAUAUAAAUAUACAGAUAAGACCCGUGUGCAAUUUUCCGCACCACCUUAGCUAUGAACAAACGCGAAUGAAAUGUUAUUAUUUAACAUUUUUCGAAAAGCGUUUGAGGUAUUGCACGAGGCGCGUUUUUUUUAUAGUGGUGUCCCCGAGUAGGCCUAAUCCACUGUCGAUUAACCUUACCUUACCUUAAAUCCCAAAUAUUAUAUAAUAUUUUGAAGUAUAUACUAUAUAAUAUAAUACGAUUAUCAAAUCCCGAUCCUCGUUCCUUGAAGUCAUCCGCAGCUAUCAGUAUUGACUUGAAUAGUUCACGUGCAAAUAAACCGGGAAAAAAUCAUGAAGGAAAAAAAAGAUUUACGAAAAGAUAAAAAAAAAACACUACUAUUAUACUGACGAAAAAAAUUUAAUCAACUAUUGAAAAAGUUUAAAGGAAUGAUUAUAAAAAAAUUCAGAAAAAUAAAAAUUUAAAAACGACCAUUAAUAAAACAAAUUUAAGAAAUAUAAUUUACUACGAUUCGAUUAAAUACGCGUACAAUAAACAAAAUUAAUAUUAUUGUUAAUAUUAUUAGCCAGCGCAUGGUUUUGCAAUAUUUAUUAUCGUUCUAAUAAAUAAAUACAAUUAAUCAUUGAGCAUGUCUACAAUUUGUGUUACUUUGGCACAUUUUGGUGCUGAUAGUGCAAUCGAUACGUGUUUUCAACGAGGUAAGAUAAAUACCUCAAAUAAUAUCCGUAUACAAUUGUAAGAUAUUAUGAUUGAUCGAUUUUCAUACAAAUCUGAGCUUCAAACGUACAUAAAAAAAAGACGGACAUAUUUCGCGUGUGGACUGUGCAGCCACUAUUAUAAGUGGGAAGUUGGGAAGGUAGGAUUGAGACGGGAAUUUAAUGUAUAUCUGUAAGCAACAAUAAACCAUUGUUAACAAAAAAACGAUUCUGAGUGGAGUUCAGUUAAUAGUGUUGCUUUGUCAAAAAUAAAUAUGUCAUAUUAUGGUAAAAUAUUCACAUAUGCAUUUAGCAGCAAAAUAUCUAGGAAUGCACCUGGACUCUCGGCUCCACUGGAAGCACUACGUUAGACAGAAAAAACUGAAAUUAAGAAGAAAAUGUGACAACUAUAUUGACUAGUCGGAAAACAUUCCGAACUAGACCUCACAAGCAAACGCCUCUUGUACGUAAUGAUAAUUAAACCAAUAUUGAGAUUAUACAACGUUGCCAGAACAUCGUUCUCCGUACCAUUGUCACAGCUUACCGGUACGACAUUAUCCGCCGAGAUAUGAUGAUUAUCUUCGUCCAGGACGAGAUUACCAAGUUUACCCGCAAACAUGAGAAAAGACUGGAUCAACACACCAAUCCAGCAGCAAUUCAACUACUAGACAACUCUCUAGACAACUCUCUAGACAUUAGGCGUCUCAAACGCCGAAGACCAUAUGACUUAGCAUAAGAUUCUUAGACUAAGACCGGGGCCACUUUACUGAGAGUGAGAUUCAAUACAUGUUUGUAUAUAAAUACAUCACAAGUAUUUAUGUACACUUUUGAUAAUGUAUUGUUAAAGAUUUAUUUUGAUCGUUACAAAAAAGCUUUCGGGCGGUUAAAAAAAAAUGAAUUUAAAAUUUUCCUUAGUAAUAUUUUUUUGAUAUUGUACCUAUUUUCCCGUUCUCUGGUUUUUCUUCCAUUUGUUCCGGUUUUUCCAAUGUAUUGAGAAAACUCCUGAGAAAAUCUUAAAAUGACCUCUUUAAAAUACCAUCCCAAGAAAAUUUCCUUUCAGAAAAAGAUCUACAUCGUGUACAUCGGAGUAAUUUUUCUGUUUGAAAAAGUGUUCACACAAAAGAAAAUAAACAUUUUUGUAAAACCAAUAUACAUUCUUCAAUCUUCGCUACAUUUAUAAUCUAAAAUAAAUACAUUCUUACCUAUAUAGGUUGAUUACAACGCGAUUAUCUAAAAAUUCGCUUCCGUCCGGGUUUAAGCGAGUAUUAUAAUUUCUGUUCAACAAUCCUAUAUCUACGCUAAAUAAAUUACGACUUUCCGAUGAACAGAUAAACAGAUAAACGAUUAUUGUAAAUAUUUCUAAAUAAUAAUCAGUUAUCGUGAGUUUAAUAUAGGUACUUCUCGUUGAGUCGAUUGGACUCCGGAUUACACUACCCGCUCGUGUAUACAAUAUUAUUAAAUUAUUGUACACGCGUAUUUCCGAUUGGUAUUAUAGUAUAUUGGGUAAUCUGAGCACGAAAAACAAAAUUUAGUCAUAGAGACCUGAAAAGUUUUUUUUCAAUUUUUAGAUUAUUAGUGGAAUGAGGAAUGUAUUGGUUUUAAAAUAAUAUUUAUUUUUUAUCAUAUUUUUUAUCUGUGAACAACUUCUAUACAAUGCAACCCAAACGGCUCCCAUCCAUUGUUUGUUUUUUCCGAAACGGCUCUCAUUGAAGUAGGUAACCACAAAUGCAUGUGAAUCGUUCCACAAUAAGUUCAAUAAAGAAUUCAAUACCGCUCAUCCUAAUAUUUUUAAAGUUAUUGACAUACUGACCAAAAUAUAAUCCGAGACGAAAAUUAAAGCUCAUAGUCAUAUAAAUACUCCUUGCAAUAAAUCUAAAUCAAUAAAAAAACAGAAGUUCGUUGGAGCCAUAAUUGAUGAACAUUCAUGUAAUAAAAUAACUCGAAUGAAAUAUAUAUAAAAAAAUGUUCCUUAAAAACUUACCUUCAACUGCCUGAACUUCAAUAACAGAACAUUUCAACUUUAAUAUGCUUUUUUAUUUAUAAUGUAUUGUACUUUUUUUAUUUUUAAUUGAACUUUGAAACAAAAAUUUAUUUUGCAUGUAAAAUUAAAAAACACCAAUACAUUUUUAAUCAACUUUUUUUUAAAAUUCUUUUGAGACAGUCCUAAGUUAAUACGUAUUUGUGAAACGGGAGCUGUUUAGGAAUAAAAUUUUGGAACAACGAGAGCUGUUUUGAAAAAACGGGAACUUAUUGGGUUAUAGCCUUUUUUUAUUAUGAACAAUUUUUGAAGUAGGAAAAACGUAAGAAAAACGGGAAAAUGUAUGAACUGUAUUAUUUUAAAAUCGUAAAUACCACGGCUUUUCAAAACAUGUAUAACCGAACUCCGCUCAGAAUCGUUUUUCGUUAGCAGCGGUCAAUCGUUGCGUACAGAUAUUAUACAUUCAAUUUUCCCUCUACCUUCCCAACUAUCGUCAUCUACAACAGUGGUCCGUACAUCGUGCGAAGUAUAUAUUUUCUUGUCAACCAAAUCAACAACCGUAGCUCUAUGUACUGACAACCUACGGACGGGCGUACACAGCGGGGAUAUUAGGUGUCUAAACUUAUGUUUAGAAACACAAACAUUAAAUACGGGUCAGACAUUUGCCAAAAAAAAACCAUUUCGAAUCAAUUAAUUAUUUCAUGCGGUUAUUUGAUUGGCCGGCACGUUUAAUAUUAUCAGUGGUUAUUCUUGUAUAAUAAUUAUUAGAUAGGUUUUGUAGCGAAACCGGGAGAUUUGUCGAUCGGGGACGUUAUCGUGCUACUGUUUAUUUUGGUGUGUCGUGUUUUAUGUUUACCGCCGCCGCGGCCGUAAAAUCAUUAAACCACAAUCGUUAAAAUAUUAUAGCGUGGUUCAACGGUUAUUCGAUACAGAAGGGUUAUAUAAUAUACUGUGCUCACGAUUUCACAGUCUUAUAGUUCUAUACCACGGUCUAUACUCUAUUAUAUUAAAAAACUUGCAGGGUCGGAUCUAUGGGUACCAUAGGUCGAAAUGCAGAAUAUUGUUCAAAUGUUCCAACAUAUUUUCAUACACUAUCUCAGAUAGUGACAAUUUAGACAAUUUCAGAUGUUUAAACAUGAUUUAAAAUAGGUUUAAAAAUAUUUGAUAGUGUGUCAUUUACCUAUAAAGCUGACGUUAUUCAAAAAAAGAAAAUAAUCGUUAUCUCAUCAUUGUACGAAUCAGCGAUAUUACUUUUUUUUUUGUUCAUCACGAUUAAAAAAAAAAAAAUGAGAAAUGUGCGUACUGUGUUGACGAUAAAAUGGUAGUCUGUAAUUUGUGCCAAAAUAAAGAUACCGAAUUUGAACCACCGCAGGUAGUCGAAAAUAGUGUUUUGUAAUUUUCACUAAAAUUCUAAUUUAUGUGUAUCGAUUAUUCGCCAUAAGUUUAUACAACUUAUUUCGGGAGCGUAAUCACCAGUUCUCGGACGGUUUAAAGUUUUUUUAAUUCGAUAAUAAGUAACAUGUUUUAUUUGUCCCGGGAAAAUAGGCUUUACAGCGUAAGUAGUUUUUGUAAAGUUUUCAAUACAAGUAAAUUAAAUUUUGAAAAUACUUACAUUUUUGUCAGUAAUUUAGAUAAAAAUAAAAUUGAUUUAAGCCCUUGUUCUCUGGGACUAAAGCUCUAUUGAUUGGUUUAUAAAUUCGGUUGUACGAUAUUAAAUUCAGAUACAACGAUGGGUGUGCCUGUACCUUCGGUGCGAUUUUAUAUUUUGACAUUGCCCUCGUUGACGAGCUCACGAUGAACGAGACUCGACGACUUGAAUAACAAUAAUAAUUAAUAAUUUGGAUUUCUAAUUUUUUAUUUUCCGGCUAGUUCAACUGUCGGCAUGGUUUUUACUUAAUAUUUAAAGUUUUUAUUAUCAUCAUCAACUGUAUAUAUAUUAUGUUAUUAUUUUUUUCACUUUUGUUAUCUACCUAAGUUGGAAACGUCUCAUGUCCACCAGCCCAGUGAAUAUAAAAUAAUUUUACGUUGCUAAAAAUGUAUGUAAUUAAUAGUAUGUGAAUUUGAAUUUUGGUGCAAAUACCAAUUCAAAUUUUUAUUAUCUGCGAUUAUGCAAAUUAUAUAUUAUUUUUUAUUUGUAUGCAAAUUACAGAAACAUUUCAAAAAUAUUGGUGCAUAUAACACAUCAAUUUUGUACAAAUUGAUUGCACCCGAUAAAAUCGUUUUCCUCCGCAAUUGGACAUUUUCGUUUGUGUAUUGUUUAAAUUUUUAUACCGUUUUUGUUUUUGUGUAUGCCGAUCGGUUUCCAUUAUAUGUUCCUUUUCAGAUCUUUUUGGGCAUCUUUGGCGAUUAGGUUUUUGAUAAACUUAAUAAGUUGUACGCAUUAAAAAAAACUAUAGGUUAAUGGUGAUCAGUAACUGUACGUUUUUACUAUAGUGAAGCACAUAAUAUUAUAUUAUAAUAUAUUCUAACUCAUAUAACUAUAAAUAGCAUAUGGAUAAGUAUGAUUAUUUAGUUUUAGGGGCAUGACUUUGUUUUCUUACCUUAUAUCGCAUCCAUGAUUUAUUUACAUAUAAUUAAUACAACCGAUGUGUUUUGGUUUAUUAAAAUAAUAUGUGACCAUUUUAAAAAUUAAAAUACUAUUUAGUGUAAAAACGGAAUUUGUACAUUUUUUAUGUAUUACCUAACCCAAUUAACCUAGUUGAGCGGUUUUCAAUUAUUUUUUUGUUUUUUUUAAUACCUUGGUUUUUUUUUGUAUGCUAAAUAUUUAGUACUGGUAUGUUACCGCCUUACUACUAAUUACGGUUCGGGUGUCAGGCAUACUAUUAAUAACUCAAGAGUAAAAAAAACACGUAUUUUGAAAAGAAAAAAUAUUAUGAAUAUUCCGCACGGGUCGGUAAUUUCUGUUUAAUCCAAUAUUUUAUGUCGCGUUACACAGGUUGAUCAACAUAUCGUAAGGCACUCAUUAUCUCUCGAGUGUUAAUUUUUUUCGUAAUCGAUUUUUAAUAAUUGUAAGAAUUGCAUUGCAUUUUUUUUUAUUUUUAGAGUUUUUAGAGUUUUUUUGAGAAAAUUUUUAUUCACUUUUGGUUUUAAAAUAACAACUUAUAUGCCUAUAUUAAAUUUAUUUAAACUAGUAUUUAAUAUAUUUAUGGAAUUUAAUAAGAACUAUUUUAAAAUCAAGUGGAUAAAAGUUUUAACCCCCAAAAAUUAGGAUGACAAAAAUAACGGUAAUGUACCAUUUUACAACAGUAUGUUAUUUUUAUAAUUUCAAAAAAACAGAUUCCGAAAAAAUAAAAUAUAUUAUUCUCGAGAUAAUGAGUAUCUUACGUUAUGUUGAUUACCCUGUAGACACAAAUUAUUAAAAAUAUAUUAUACAUUUUUUUAUUGUAAGAUAGCUGAUUGUAUAAUUACUGGACAUAUAAUAGGUAUGUAUCGUAUCCAAUAACACGGGCGUCAUUGAGGAUCAAAAAUAUAGUAUAAAAUAAUUAAUAAAAUGUUAAAUUAGUUUACAGACAUGCUCAACUGAUAAUCUAAAUAUUAAUGUAUUCACCUAAUUUUAUCGUUUUAAAUAGGUAUGUAUUAGGUAACUAUGAAUGCUUUUACUAUAAGCCCUACAAUCGUAUGUUAAAAAAUUUCCAUAGACUGUGGCGGCUUAUUGAUUCUUGCCCUAAACAUUUUCGUAAUAAUUCUGUCAAAAAAAAAAAAAAUAUAUUAAUAAUAAAUUAAUAAUUAUUUUGUUAUUUUUAUACCUACUGAUAAAUUUAAUUAUAAUCCAUACGCAACUUAUUCUCAAUAUUUUCUGAAUUCUAUCGUUUAUACAUAAAUGUAAUAAAAUAGCUAAUGAAACAAUUAUUAAAUUUAAAAUUAAAAUUUAGUUAUAGUACUCUAGGUACCUAUAAUAUAUUAUCAUGAGUAUUUAAAAAUUUAAAACAACAGCCAUCGUACCAAUAUUCAAACAAUACAAAUUUAUAAGGCACCACCGAUAACGUUAUUGAACGGCUGUAAUAUGUUUACUUUUUUUCCUUAUCGCAUAAUAUGUGUGUGUGUGUGUGUGUGUGCGCGCGCGCGCAAUGAAAUAGUGGAUAUGCACUUUAUAUAACGUAAAAAACAUUUUUUCCUAUCGAACAUGUUCGUUCAAAAUGUUUCUCGAGUUGCCUUAUUGUGUAGCAAAUUUAUGUCCGUUCAAUUAUAUAUUAAAAAUUAAGGUGCUUUGAAACGGAACGGAGAUACCCUUCUCACUAUUUUUCGUAACAGAUACGCAGUGUAGCAAUUUUUAUCAAUAUUGUAGUCGGAAUAAUGUAACGAAGCAAUAGAUAAAAUUAAGUGAUUUAUAAUAUUUCAAAUUUUUAACUCAAAUUUUUGGAACUAAGAACUGGCCGAUCACAUGUACACCACACGCUAAUUCUAAUCUAUUUUCAGAACUCUUAUCAUUUCGUUAAAUCAAUAGACAACAGUUCAGUCUCAAUUUCUAUGGUGCUAUGCGUUGGACAACUGUUGUCCAACAAUAUUUUCUCUAGUGUGGACUCUGCUUAAGAUUUUUAUUAAAAUGUAUAUAAUAAUUUGUGUAUUGACUAAAUUUUGUUUUAUAUCUAUGAACUGUAUAAGUAAUAUGAUAUGUAUUUAUUUUUUCUUUUGAUAUCGAACUUUGUUAUUCAUUUUAUAUUUUGAUUUCUUUUUUCAGAAUGGAACUCCGUUAUGGGAAGAUUUCAUGGCAAAAGCCACAAAACUUCAUACAUGUCUUCGGUGAGUAACCUACAAAAACAUAUUUCAAUUUAUUCGUUUGUAUUGUAAAAUAUAAAACACUAAAAUAAUUCAAAUAAAAUAUUUGUUAUUAUUAUUUGUAUUAUUAGACGUAAUAUUAUAGUCAUAUAUAGAUGUAUUAAGUAGAGUUGUAAAAAUAUAAUUAAAAUGUAAUUCAUUUAGGUACAAAAUGAGGGUAAUACUAAUAAAUAAUAAUUAAGCACUUUUUAAAAAAAAUGGUAACGUGUUAAAAUAUGUACUUUUAUGUAAUUACCUCUACGUAUACAUUACAUAUUUAUUAUAAUAAUGAUAUAUGUAAUGCGAUUCGGUUUCACAAUAAUAUUUCGUGCCACUUUUACUUUUGUAACAAUUUAACAAUUGGAACAAAUUAUUUAUAAGGACGAAAAAAAAUCAUUAAUUAUCAUAAUAUUCUUCAUUACUUACUAUUUUUAUCUAAUAUUUUAUUUUAGCUAUCUAUUUUUUUUUUAUUUCCGGAAUAUUCAAUUCACUACCUAUGUCAAAUGAAAUACACUUUGAUAUACUAAUAUAUCUUUUUAGCUAUGUAAGAAUAUGAUUAUUUUGAAUGUAGUUAAACAAUCUAAUGCAAAUUUAAUGUUUUUGUAAUCAAAUAAUAAUCUAACCAAAAUAAUAAAAAAUAUAAUAUGUAUUAUGACGGACAGUAUAUCAUAUAUUAGUGGCCCUAUGGAAUAUAACCAUAUGUAAAAUUUGCUGGUUAAAUUGAAACACUGUAUGCAUAUUACUGUAGGUAAGUAUUAAAUAUGGAACGUAAAUUGAGACUGUGGAUUAGUAACUAUGGAAACUGUUGUGUAUAAAUUCUUCUGACAGUAUUUCAAAAAUGCUAAUGGCUCUAUAAAAAUGUGUUAUAAAGAUACAUUUUUAACAGUACAUGACGUUCUAUUGAAAAUAUUGGGUACCAUACCAACAUAUUAUUACUGCAUUUUGUUGAAAGGGAUUUUUUAGGAAACGACAUUGACUAUAAUUGUUUUAGUUGUGUAGUAAGGAUUCUAGAAACGGAUUUGAUUUUAGACUGGCUGUAUAUAGUAUAUACGUAUAUGUUAUAUAAUGAGCAUCAGCAUCAUUCUUUUUUAGUUUAUUCCCUUUAUUGAAUAAGUUAUCAUUUUUAGUUUUCGAAAUAAUUGGAAAAAUGAGUUUAAAAUAUAUCACAUUACGUCGAAUAUUUAUCUGCUCUUUCGUAAUCCUUAUCGCAUAAAGAAAGAAAUCGGAACAUUAGUGAAUAAAUAUAAACAAACCCUUAUGCCGGGUGAGAAUCUUUGUUUUCAAUUCACUUAAGAGUACGUCGCAUUAGCAUUUAUCGUCUCCGUCUUUCUAACGAGUAAUAUCACAAAAGUGUAUUUUCAGAGUUCUAACGGUACUGUGGAUCUAAUACUGUGGACUUCACCAAAUGGAUUUCACCAAAUUAAAGACGAAAACAUUUUCUAUAUAGUUUUAUAUAAGGGUGAUGUUCAUUCAUCUAAAUUUGAUAGUAAAAAAUUCAAAAUUACAAUUUUCAAAUUACUCUGUGAGUAAAUAUUCCGGGUUCUUUAAUUUGGAGAACUAAGUGUUUUUUUAAGUCUAUUCGAAUCUAAGUACUCGAAGUGUUGGAUUCCCAAAAACACUUAUUAUUAUUUACUAUAUUGCCGGUUAGAAAGAAAAAAACGUUAUAUGCUACUUUAAUGUAAAGGUAUUAUAGUUCUUAGUAAACAUAUGUAAAUUAGAUUUUUUUUUCGAACCAUUCGUAUCUAAAAAAUAGAAUAUUAUGUAUAUGUUUUAUAAUAUUUUUUUCUGAUAAUGUCGAUGUUUCAUUAUCCAAAUAUUGAAUAAGUAUCUAAAAUUUUUAUCAACUAUUUAUAUUAUUUUUGUGUUUGAAAAAGCCAAUACUAGUGUGGGGGAAGAUACGUUUUUCUGUAUAUCCAUAAUAAUCCUCGUGGUUAUAAUAUUUAUAGUGUUAAUAUUUUCCUUCUGUCUCUCAAUACCUGCAUUAAUACAAUAAAUAUUUGUGUGUAUAUCAUAUGAGCUUGAUAAACACACUGUUCUUCAUUAUAGAUUUAUUAAAUUUGAUAAAUGUAUUUUAUUAUACAUUUUCCUAAUCUAAAUUUUGGUUAAAAUUUGUUUUAUUCGUAAGCACAAUCAAUGUCUUUAUAAUAUUCGAAUUUAUACGUAGAUUAAUUAUCUUGAAAACAACAGAAAAGAAGAUUAAAAACUUUUGAAAAAUAGUAUUGACCAUUUUUGAUGAUAGUGUAGAGGGUUAAAGAUGGAUUCAAAUGAAGAAUAACAGGAUAAAAUAAGAUGAAUAGGCACGGUUACAAUCUUCAUAAAAAGCAAACGAGUGAGAUGUUCUAUGCUAUUAGUGAAAUGCAAUAGCAGAUCAGUUAUAGUACAAUCACUAUAAAAGCCGAGAGGAAAAUAUUUCGAGGGUAACCCAGGAAGCGAUAAAAAAGCGGAAAAGGAACUACAUAGGCUGAGGGUUAAUGAGAAUAGGGAUGAUUUGUGAACGAUUGAUAGAAAUCGAAAGAUAACAUAUUAUAUUGUUGGGGGAAUAAUUCUUGAGAGUAAUAAAUUUCAAUACUUAUAGUUUAUAUUCACUCUCAUUUUAAACCGAGUCUUUGAUAUAAAAUAGAUAACAAAAAUAUGAAAAGUGCAUUAUUAAAGACGUAGUUCUCAAAUGAAGAAGCACCGAAAGAGAUAAAAUAAAUUGUUAUAAACUUACAUUACAAAUAAAAAAUAUUAAAUUGUACUUUUUUAUAGUUAAAAUCUAAUCAAUUCUUAUUAUAAUUUUACAGGGCAACUAUUAAUGCGAUCGGAGCUUAUCUUGAUGCGUUUCAAAAAAUUGCUGAUGCUGCCACUAAUGCCAGAGGUAUGUACUUUAAUUUUUAUUGUUACUCAUAAUUAGAUAAUAUACAUGUAUUAGUGAAAAGUUUAAAUAACUUGUGGAUACUUGAUUUUAAUCGUAUAGUUUAAAAUCUAUAUACGAUAAAGUUAUUCACCUUUCAAUAAUGUAAGCGUAUUUCGUUAACAAUGAUGUUUAGAGGUAACUGUUUAUCGUUUUGUACGACUAUAUACAUAAUAAUUUCAUAGCAUAUUUUAUGAGCCAUGUGGUGUACAGUGUACACCCUUUUCGUAGUUGGUAAAGCUAUAGGUACCUACACGCGUUCUUGAAAAACAAUUGUAAUUGUGUAAUUAACUGCACAAUAUGUCGUUUGGACAAUUUCGUAACCAUCGUUAAGGAUUUAUCUUUCCGUUUAUACUUACAAUUAAUAUUAUAACUGACAAUUUUAUAAUGGUUUUAUUCUUACGGACAAAUUAAUAAUAGAAGUUUUACAGACGUAUAUAAAAUAUAACAUAAUAUUGUAUAAUAAUCAAGUAACUACUUGUGAUUAACCUAAUUUUAAAAAAAAAUCAUUAAAGAAAAUUACUUCACCUUGUGGAUCGCAUUAUAUUAUAUUGGCUGCAUACGAAUUGCGUCACUAUAAACGAAAAUAUAGUCGCCACAACGGAGUUGCGUCCGCGGUUUUUCGGCGAUUGUUCCAAUAGAAACAAGAAUAAUUGUUAUUCUAUUUCUAUAAUAUGUUUGACGAUGAAUAAGUUAACAUUUAUCCGUCGAUUAUCGAUACCUUAUUAUAGGUUGGUAAAUAUCACCUUACAUUUUAUUGUUGAAAGUUAAUUUUGUCCAUGUCAAACAUGUUCAAACUGAUAUUUAUAUUAAAAUGCAAAGCUCAAAUUUAACAAACAAACGAAGAAAAUAUGUAGAAAACAAAGAUUUUAUUCAAAAUACUAUGACUUAGUUUAACGAAAAUAUAAUAUCACGUCUUGAGUUCGUCAAAAAAUUGGCAUACAAAAAUUUACCAGUUUUAUAAAAUAAAAAUAAUAAUAACUGGCAUGGUAUCUGCAUAUAGCAAUAUUCACAAAGGUUGGACAUAAAAUUAUUUUUAAUAAAAUAUACAUUUUAGAUCAAUAAAUAAUUUAUAAUACCAAAUAUAUAAGAUAUUUUUAACAAAAUUAUUUAUAUCAAUUAUUUACGCAGACGUAACUCGGAUGAAUCGUGAUAAAAUUGCGGACGCAACUCGGACAACAAUAUCACUUAUAGACGCGAUUAGAAUGCGCCGAUUGUAUUUAUGCUGGUGAUUACGAGUUAAUAGUUAUUGUAUUGGGGGGCAGAGAAAACCAAAUGUUAAAUUGUUUGUAGUGUAUCUAAAAUCAUGGGCCAUUAUAUCGAUAAUGUUACGUGAUAGAUGUGAAACAUGACCAAGUAUAAUGAGUAAGUGAAAAAAAAAAAGAAAUACGAUUCAUCUCCCAUAAAGAAUGAAAAAAUACUCCUCAUUAAGUUGUUGGGGGGGAGAUGAUUAGUUACUCCUUAGUUACUGGUACGGUUGUAAUCUAUCUACGACUAUAGUUCCUAUAGAAAGUUAAUCUCAGUCGAUUACUUACUAAGAUAACUAUAUAGCCUUUAUGUACAUAUUCUGUUCUUAUAUUUAUUUAUUGGAAAAACUGAGAUGUUUGAACAAAAUUCAAUAAUAUUACGUACAAUUUUGAAUAUUGUCCUUAUCCUAUUUUAUAUUUUUUCAAAAAAUAAAUACUGAAAACUAUUUGCGUAUAUGGUAUACCAAUGACGUUUACAAAAAGUAAAGAACACAUAAAUAGUUCAGAAUUUUAUUUUAUUCAGUUUAUUUCUAUUUCGGGAGAGUUUAAUAAGAGUUUAUCACGAAAUUUAAUGGUAAUAUCUAUUUUAGAUUUUUAGUGUAGCGAAUUGGUUUUACAAUGAUGGUUUUUAUUUUUAUACUGUGACAAAAAUUACUACCAGAAAUCUUGCUUCGAUUUGUUAGUGUGGCAUCUUUUCUGUUAAUAAUAUCUGGGAGAAUUUUGCAUAAAACGUAAGCAAAUUUAAAUGGGAAAACUUAGGAAAAUAAAUUUUUUUUGUAAUUCAGUUAAAAAUAUUCGCAGAGACUUGAAAUUUGGACAGAAAAUUUAUAAUUACCUUUUCUGGACAAGGUAACAUUUUAAAAACAUUUGAACCACUUAUAAACAUUUUAAUUUUGAGAGUUUUUUACGUAAUUUUUAUUCGGUAAGUUCCCUAACUAAACAGAAAUUAUUUAAAAUUUAACAGGGGGUUCAUUGUGGUAAAAAAAAAAAUUGAGCGAUUUAAGAAUGAUGGUGAAAUCAGAAUCUUAUAUUAUGCGGAUAUUAUAUGCGUUAUGUUAAAUAAAUAACUUAAUAUUGUCAAUUUUCUUAGACGUUGUUUGUCGUAGUCUAGUAGUGGUACGUACCUGUUGUCAUCGCAAAGAACGCAAGUUUAAACCCGAAUUCCGAAAAUUGUUUUUUGCAAAAAUAUGUCGAGUAGGUAUAACAGGGAAAAAACAAAUGCAAUACAAUAUGUGUUUACUGUAUAAUUCGUUGUAUUCCAUAUUUCAAUAUAUAUUUAUUUUACUAAAAUAUGACAUAUUAUAUAUUGUUAAAAAAGCAAAACUAUUACCCGAGCUCUGCUUAGAAUCGUUUUUUGUUAGCAAUGAUUAAUCUUUGUUUAUAGAUAUACAUUAAAUUUCUCUCUAUAUCCUACUUUCUCAACAUCUAUACAACAGUGGCUGCACCCACUAAACGAUAAAUCAUACAGUAUGGUUAAAUUUCCUCUUAUCUAUAUUAAAGAAACUUGCAAAUAUGAAAAAUAUAUUUGAAUUGUUUUAUUAUAGACAUUUAUUUAUGAAUAUUCUUAUUGUAAAUACUUAGCUGUCUCGCGUCCGGCGUUACCCGUGCUAAUUUGUAUUAUUAUUAUUUUACCCGUAUUCAUUUUUGGUUUUGGCCGUGUAGUAUUGAAUAAAAACAUUUAGAUGGAAAGUGGGUAGUCCACCUUCAGCGGACUAAAUGUGUUCUAUUGUAAAAUUUGAAUAGUGUAAAUAAAAGUAAUAAUAAUAAUUAUAAUAGUUUUAUUUUCCGUGGCAAUCCUUGAAUAAACAAAAAUCUUACAUAAAUAAAACAAAAUCAGGUUAGUUACACCAUUUAUAACUUAAGAAUGGCUGGACCAAUUUUGAUGAUUACAUGAUAUUUUCCGACUAAUUUCUAAUAAUAAUUAAUAACCAUUUUUUUUCAUCCCUGUUACCGGGGUAACACAAAUCAACAAAAAUUGUAUUUAUUAUAUUAUAAGCUAAAUUAUUUAGUGUUGCUCGUGUAUGUAUUUAUAUAUAAGUGAAAAUACUAAAAUCACGAUUAAAAAAUGGUAGAUGGGGUAAAAAAUGUGAAAAAUACUUUACAACCUAUUAUCGUACCCACCAAAUAUACAAAAAAAUUUCAUUAAAAUCCGUCAUGCCGUUUCAGAGAAGUACGACCACAAACACGUGACACGAGAAUUUUAUAUAUAAGAUAAAUCCGGACAUUUUUCUUUACUACUAUAGGAUACUUUUAAAUAAACAAAUUAUCUCCUCGAAUGCCAUAUUGAAUAUCACAUAAACAUUGUGUUUAUGCGUUAUAAACAUUAUAGAAAUAUAUUUUUAAAGUAAAUAGUAAUUAUUAAUAAAUACAUUAAUACGUAAGGCACACGAUUUACUUAAAAAAAAGAUUUGGAUUUGGUUAAAACUUGUAUGUUCUGUAAGCAACAAUUAAUCAUUGUUAACGAAAAAACGAUUUUGAGCGGAUUUCAGUUUAUAGUGAUGCUUUGUCAAUAAUUUAUGUGUCAUAUUAUGAUAAAAUAAUUAAAUAGGCAUCAUAUAUUUUAUUUAAUAAUAUUUGUUUAAUAUUGUACCGGUUUUCCUAUGUUUUUUCCCAGUUUUUCACAUUUGCUGGGAAAACUAUUAGGAAAAUCGAAAAAUGAACUCCUUAAAGUAUCUUCUUUCCUUUCAGAAAAGUUGCUACAUAUCGUAUAUAUCGGAUUUCUAGUAGAAAAGUUGUUCACAAAUAAAACAGUUGUAAAACCAUAAGUUUCUUCGCUUCACUUAGAAUCUUAAAUUAAAGUUAUGAGUUGUUUAUGAUAAGACCAUAAACAAAUUUUUUCCUUUAUUUCAUAUAUGUCAUUAUGGUAUGAGGCCCAUUGCAUUUUAAAUCGCUUCCCCUCUUGAUGUUUUAUCAAAACAGUCACUACGCCACUGAAUUUUAGACAUUAACUUUUAUUUGUUCUUUUUUUUUUAAUGAGUUAGAAUUCAAUUAAAGUAUCAUCAACAUAUACUUGGUAUUAUUUAUGAUAUUUAAAAUUCUAAGUAUAGCGAAGAAACUAUAAGAUAUGUUUUUUUUUUCUUGCUGUACCUUAAAAGAUGUGGAUUUUUCACCGUAAUUUUUGGGAAAACAUUUCCGUUUAAACCAAUUUGCUAUAAAGUUUUAAAAAACUGACAACAAAAUUCGAUGCAAUGGUUUUAUUUUUAUUGAUUUCUGGAUUACCUCGUAUAAGGGGAAAAAACACAUGUUAUUCUGCUCAAAAUCGAUUUUUGAUUGAAAAGGUUUAUCAUUGAUUUUGGUGUUUAAAUUAAAUUACCUAAUAUCCUAUACCUUUCAAACUCUUCGCCUACCACAGUUCAAUGGCCACGAUGUGAAGUAUACAUCCGAUUUUUUAUCUAUACUACAUCCUUUUGCAGUUAAAUCAUUAUAGCAGAACUAUUUUAUAAUAUAACUCCUAUUAGAAAGUCGGAUAUUAAAAUAUUAUUAUAAUAUUUUAUAAUGUUUAUAGCUUUUGUUUUGUAAUAUAGGUAUAGGUUUUGAAACUAAAAAUCGAUAAAUUUUGUUGCACGUAAUACAUAUAUAGGUACAAUUUUAUAACUUUUACGUAAUAAAGGGGAUUAAACAGUCGAUUUAUACGCAACCUUGAAAUAAUGAUCCUGUAUUAUACUUGAUUAUAAAUCGUAAUGGUACAUCAUUUUUUUUUUUUUUUUUUUGCAAGAUUUAUAUCACUUUUUCUUUCUUUAAAUUCAAAACAAAAGCUGCAGUAAUGCCUAAGAUUAAAACUUCUAUAAUAAAAAAAUAAAUAUAUUUUUUAAUUGUUUCGAUGUUACUGAAAUAGUUACCUCCUAAUCAAUAACUUAAAUAAUUAUUAAUCAAAAUAUUUUUUUUUUUUUUUUUGCUGUUUCAAUUAAUACUUUAAAAUAUGUUCUAACACUCGUAGUUAAUCCUAUACCUAUUUUAUAAUAUUGUUGCGUACCGUAUCCAUAAUAAAUAUUAAUAAAAACAGUAAAAUAUUUAAUUUAAAAAUAAAUAACUUUAAUGUAAAUUAAUUCAUUAUUUACUAUAUUUAUAUAUGAAUUACGGAAAAAAUAUCUGGCUGAUAUGUUUAAAGGUUAUCAUAAUUUUUGUUUGUAUUUUAUUCUGGCUAUGUCAUUUAUUACAAUCUGACUGUAAUUAAUAAUUAUUAUUAUUGUUAUUAUUAUUAAUAGAGAUAUUAUUGAUAGUAUUCCAAAUACUAUUGUUUAUUUGUUAUUUUCUGUAUAACAUUCAGAUUCAGCAAUACAUUAAUAUACAUGUCAAAAAUGUUUUUGUGGAGCAAAUUAGUAAACAUAAAAUAAAUUUUUUUGGAAGAAUAGUCAUUUCUUAAAAAUAUUUUAAAAUUUUUUAAACAGAUUUCUGACAUUUUUUUUUAGUUAAUCAUAAUAUUUAUAUUUUUCCUGUAGAUUAAUUUUAUGGUGGAAAUUUCAACCAGAUAUUUUUCCUGUUUAUUUAUCAACUAAUAGAAAAUAAAAUAAUUUGAUAUUCUAUCGUAUUAUAUUUUUAUUAUUAUUUUAAAUUUUAAAAUAGGGCUGUGUUUAAACUCCAUGGUCCUUCCCUUUUUUGAGUACAUCUUUGGUGUAGGUUGGAUUUAUUUGUAGUCAAAGAAGUUUGAAUAAUACUGCAGUACUGUUUGAAUCUUUUUUUAUUUUUAAACAAAAACAUAUAAUAUUGUAUACUAUAUGCUUACCUAAUGAUAUUAUCUUAACAUGUCGUUAUCUGCAGAAUAUUAUCAUAGAUUCAAGCAUCUAUUUAAUCUAUGAUGUUAUAAAAUCGAAAAGUAAUGAAAAUAACACAUAUAAAUAUUCUUGAAGUUAUUCAGAUUGUUUUUGGGUUGAUAUUGACAAAUUAUUUUUAUAAUAUUGACAAUGUAAGUUACUUUUGGAAUUUAAACUAUUUAAAAUACGGUUAUCUACUUAUAUGUCUGUAUCCACAGACAAAUUUUGUUUCGAACAUAGUUCGAUGCAUUAUUCUGAACAAAAUAAUAUUAUGUAAUUAUAUUAUCAUUUAAAACUCUUAAUUACUUAUAUGUUCCAAACAUUGUCGUGCUAACAUUUUUGUACGUGUCCAAUUUCGAUGAAAUAUGUUAAAAAUGUUGUCUUGGAUUAUGUGGAUUUCACCGUUUAAAAUAUUUAAAUUUUUUAAACACAUGGGCCUCUUGAUUUAAAAUUGUAAUUUACUGUGUUACAAUAAAUUAUUAUUCUUGUAAUGUAUUAAUUUCUUAGUGGUCAGUACAUUUUUAAUAUUCUUGUCGGCAUGAGGGAACUAAUACAGUUUUUUAAUAGUGUAUUUUUAUCUAAAAAUAAUACUUGCAUGGGAACUGAGAAUAUUAUAUUAAUUAAUUAUUUAUAGGUACCUUAAAGAACUCUAAAUAUACAGAUUACUGUACAAUGUACAUUACAACGAAGACGAUUUAAAAAAAAAAAAACUGAAUUUAAAGUGAAAGAGAAAUAUUAUUAUGCCUAGGUACUUAAAUAUAUUUACAUAUUAUAUAUAUUAAAAUUAACGGUAAUCAUUGCGUUCAAAUCCGAUUCUGAUUAAAAAUUUUUAUUUUCUUGGUUAUUCGGAUAAUUUUAAACAUUAAAUCAAUUAAAUGUUUUCAUUUUCUUUUAAAAAAUCUAAAUAUAUUAUGACACUGUCAAUAAUGGUCAACGUUAUUAUUUGUAUUAUUUUACGUUAUUUGACCUAACCCAACUCGACAUAGCUUGAUUUUUUAAAACUUGAAAGUAAAUUGAAACUUUUAUGUUAAUAUUUCUCAUCGUGAAAUAAAAUUACCUACAAAAUGGUUAUAAUAACAAUUAUAUUGGAUAACAAAAAUAGUUUAGACAUUAUCAAAUCAUUAGAGCAAAUCAUUAACAUUAUAUAAAAAUUGUUCACUGUCCAAUAAACACCAUUGUUUCCUUUCCGGAAAGGAUUUCCAAUUGAACGAUUGUUACCUACUGUAUGAUAAGCACUACCGAUUUAUAUACUAAUAUUUUCAUAUAUCGAACUUUUCGAGUUAGUCAGCCGUUUCAGCCCCAGAUAUAGUCACCCUCGGUUUGAGGGCUGUCAGUAUACUUUUCAGGGGAUAGUAACCCUCCUGGUGAAUUUUACGACCUGGAACACCCUACUAUACUGAAUAUCUACACAACCCUCAAAUAAUUAUGCAAGUGCACGAUGCUCAUUUUAAAGAAAAUAAAAUAUAAAUAAUAUCUGUUUAGUAUCUAUAUAGUAUUUAUACUACAACUAUUUGAAUUCUCGAAAGAAAACUCAGUAAAAUUAAAAUUUUAGUGACUUAAUUUACUAUCAAUAAUUAACUAUUAACCCUAGUUUUCGCACAUACAUUUUUUUAUUAUAAUUUGUAAGCAAGAAUUCAACAUGUAUCUAUUGAAAAAAUUGUUUAUUGUUGAAUUGUUAAAUAAUUGUUAAUAUUACGUAAAUAAUGCAAAAUGUGGACACCUUUUAUUUUUUUCAUUUCAACCGACAGGAAUAAAGGAUCUGUGUGAAUAUUACUAACCCAUAUUAACAUUGCUGCUGUGUGGUUUCUUACUAAACAUUUUUUGUCCACUUAAUUAUAUAAUAUUUUAUUUUAAAAAAUUAAGUACCUAUCUAUAGGUAAUAUUUGUGGUGUUUAUAAACUAUAAUAAUUAGGUGUUAUUAUUAUUUUUUUUUUUUUUAUGGUCUACAGGAGCUACUAAAGAAAUAGGAACCGCAUUGACCAGAAUGUGUCUACGCCACAGAGCUGUUGAAGCUAGGAUGAAAACAUUUUCAAGGUAAUAUUUUAUUUCAAAUUAUAACUUAUGACAGUAUACAGACAUCCAAUAAACAAUCUUUUUAUUUAUUGAUUUUUUUUUUUAAUAUAGGUAAAUAUUAUUUUUAAGUAUUUAUUUAUAUUUUGUUAUUGUUGAAUUCAUUUUCGAAUAGUUUGUGAUUUAGUACAUUCUGUUUUUUUUUUUACAUAUAUAUAUAUAAUUUUUUGUUUUCAUAUUUUCUUAUCUCAAUAUUCGAAAAUAGUUGUUUUAAUAAAUUACAAUCGAAGGAGUAUUUAAUUUAACUGAUUUAAAUAAAUAAAUCGAAAUUUACAUGAUGUAAAAUACCUGAAGAAAAAAAACCAUCAGAGCAUUAUUAUAUCCCUAUCGAAAAGAGGAAUGUGUGUGUUUAAUGUGACGAGAGUUGAAUGUCACUGAAACUAACUUGUUUUUUGUUGAAUUCGCAGUGCAAUAAUGGACUGUCUAGUGGUUCCGCUCCAAGAGAAACUAGAAGAUUGGAAGAAGACAAUUGUCAAUUUGGACAAAGAGCAUGCUAAAGGUAAAUAAACCCGAUGUUAUUUCCCCAGUUUAAAAAUAAUAUUUCUCAAUAAAAAAAUAUCAAGACUAUAUAAAACUUGAUGUUAUAUUUAAUUGCAUAGUAAAAAAAAAAAACAAGCAAAUAAAUAUUUUACAUUGUAUCUAUACAAUUUUUUUGUAUGAUAGACGAAUAUGUUAUUCGAUUACUUCCAAUUAUAAUUAAUUAAGUAAUUUUAUACUAAAUCCAAUUACACAAUUUUUAACAUCGAUUAUUUAAUAAUUAUUAAUACGUAAUAUUCUUACAUUAAUUAUAGUUAAUAACAGUAGAUAUCGUUUAUAAUGACACCGCUAUAGUGACAUACCGGGUGUAAUAACAUUAGAUUGGAGGUCCCAGAAAAACUCAUAUAUUUUGUACACUAAUUUGUAUAAAUUAUGAAUUAUGAUGAAUAUUUUUGGUUAUAUUAGAAAAAUUUGUUAUCUAUAAUGAGUAAAGGCUAUAUUUAAUUUUGAAUUAAAAAAACAACUUGUUUUAUUUAAUUUUUUUCUGUAUGAUGUAUUUAAGUCAUGAUAUAAUGAUAAAAAUAUAACAUAUUGAUUUUAAAACAAUAUUAUGUUCAUAUAAAUACAUGUACAUAAUCAAUUUUUUUAAUUUAAUUUUAUCAUUUUAGUUAUAAUGACAUUCGGUUUUUAUGACUAAUAUUAACUAGUCCCUAGAAUGUCAUUAUAAACGAUUUCUACGGUUUCUAACUCUACAAAUCGUAACGAUUUUAGAUUCAUAAAUUAGGCCUGCUAUAAGUAAUAUUUUUUCAAUUAUUUACCAAAAUUCUUGAUUCGAUCAUUAUAAGUUUAGCAAAUUUCGUCCAAUAUUGGGAAGUAAAAAAGUUGUAAAAAUUUGGACUGAAACUGCCUUUCUAAGUGACUGUAAAAUGAACAUGGAUGAGAUACCUAAUAUCUUGAUUUUAUCUUCUAAGACCAUGACAAAAUCUAUAAUGAGACGCGUAUUAUUUUAUACACCUGAAGCGAUUUCAACCAAACUUGGUAGACAUACAUGCAUUUUUAUAACAUGGAAAAAAUUACUACGAGGUGUGUGAGUAAAAAUGGAAAGACUAAAAUCGAUUUUUAUUUUCUUUAUUGAUUUCCAGAUAGUUUUAUUUUUUUGAUAAUUUUAAUCCAUAACCUGAGUAAGCGUUUUCAUCAUCAGCGUGGUGAUGACAGCUAGUAAAUAAUAAUAUAAAAUUAAGUAGAUUUUUUUUAUAUAUAUAUAUGUUUUCAACCAAAAUCAAAUCUAAAUAUUAAUUAGUUUUAAAAAAAAAAAUUGUAUCUGUAUAACAUUUUAUACCGUUUUUUUGUACUAAACUAGUUCCAAUAUAGUGUACUACUUUUUAAUAUAACAUGAUAUAUAUUUAAUUAAUUUGGUGUUGCAGGAUUUUGGGUUAAAGAUUUUUUUUUUCCUUCUAGUAAAUAAUUUAAUAAGAGAUGAGAUGCAGAUUUUACUCUAACGCAUAUUAUUAACUUAACAUUUUUAACUCGUAAAUUAUAUUCUUCGGAAUUUUCCAAUAAACUAGUUGAUCAUUAUACCUUUGUAAGUAAAACAUAUAUUUUAUAUUCAUUAGACGUGCUUUAAGGUGCAAUUGUAAUCAAUAUAUAAAUUACAUUUAAUUACAUUAAAUUGAAUAUAUGUAGUUAUUUUGUAUAGCCAACUAUAUAUUUAUACAAGCGUAAAUGUUAUUAAAAAAAAAUCACAUUUGUCCUAAAUUACCGAUUAAAAAACAUGUCAACAAAUUUGCGGUGACAUAUUUUUUGAAAAAUUGUACCCUAUACAUAAUAUACUUUUACGUUUCUAUAAAAUGCUACUUAUUUUAUGUAUUAUAACAGUGGUAAAAUUUACUUAUAUUCAAACAUUUACAGAAAAUAAAUCUCAUUCUCAGGCAAAAUUUAAAAUACUUGUUAUAUGACUUAAUAACAUUCAGAAUUUUGAGUUUUAAACUUUUAAUUUUUUAGUAAAUGUCAGAUAUUAUGUUUGUGUUAUAGUUUACUAUAUUAAAUAAUUUCCCUAGCUAUUUACUUUUAUCCACUAAAAUGAAUCUUUAUUUCUUCAUAACUCAUUAUUUUUUAGUUAAUGAGUUCCCGAGAGUAAAAAUAGGUCAAACAGUAGCUACGAAUAAUAUAGAUAUAUGUUUGCGUCUCGUCUCUCACACCGCAACAACAUAAUUUCAAACCAUGUCAAACAUAAGUGUUUUGAGUAGUUUCUUUUACACACUUGAAAGAAAAGUGCGUAUUAUAAAGCCUUAUAUUAUAUUGACAUAGUAUAGUAGAUAUUAAAAAAAGGAAGACAAUUAUCCUAAAUUAAUUGUUCUAAAACGAAGAAACGCAUUAUUCAAAUUAAUGAUCCACACUAUAGUUGUAUUUAUUAUUUUUGUACUUACGAAUUAUUAUAUGCAAUUCCCAGCGCAUUCGAAUUGCGUCCAUAGAUGAUAUUUUGUCUGAGUUGCGUCAGCGUUAUUAAUUGAUAUAUACAUAUUUUCCUUCCCACUUUUACAGACUGUUGAAAACCGGCAUUUAUAUAAAUUGUGUUAAAAAUAUCUUAUAUACUUGGUAUUAUAAAUUAUUUAUUGAUCUAAAAUGUAUAUUUUAUUAAAAAUAAUUUUAUGUCCAACCUUUGUGAAUAUUGCUAUAUGCAGAUACCAUGCCAGUUAUUAUUAUUUUUAUUUUAUAAAACUAGUAAAUUUUUGUAUGCCAAUUUUUUGACGAACUCAAGACGUGAUAUUAUAUUUUCGUUAAACUAAGUCAUAGUAUUUUGAAUAAAAUCUUUGUUUUCUACAUAUUUUCUUCGUUUGUUUGUUAAAUUUGAGCUUUGCAUUUUAAUAUAAAUAUCAGUUUGAACAUGUUUGACAUGGACAAAAUUAACUUUCAACAAUAAAUUGUAAGGUGAUAUUUACCAACCUAUAAUAAGGUAUCGAUAAUCGACGGAUAAAUAUUAACUUAUUCAUCGUCAAACAUAUUAUAGAAAUAGAAUAACAAUUAUUCUUGUUUCUAUUGGAACAAUCGCCGAAAAACCGCGGACGCAACUCCGUUAUCGUGACUAUAUUUUCGUUUUUAAGGUCACAAUUCCAUAAAAUACAUAUUUAUAAAUGAAAGAAUUAAAAUUCAGUAAACUUGAUUAUAUAAGUAGGACAUUUUUUUGUUUUUAGUAAUAAAUCUAAGAGUCAAUUUUAAUGUCAAAUAAAUUUAAGACUUAAAAUAAAUAUACAAUUCAUAAAAAUAAUACUGGUUUGUCCCCGAAUCUCCGACAGAUUUCAUAAAUUCAAGAAAAAAAAAUUAUGAAAAAUGAUAAUUUUUUUUUACAAUUUUGUACGAAAUGUUCAAACGGGUUUCCGGUAAUUUCUACACUAUAUUAGUAUAGUUAUCAUUUGUUAUACCAUAAUUAUUGUUAUUUUAGUCAAUUUACUCUAUUGUGUUGUAGUGUGUGUUUGUGUGUAUUUUUUAUACUAUUAGAAAUAUUUGAGUUAUCUUUGAUAUGAACUGGUUUUUUUUUUAGUUACGAUAUUCUUAACUUUGCAUACACUUGUAUACGUGUUUACCACGUAUAUGAAUUUAUAUUAUAUAAUAACAUGUGUUCUUUAUAGAUUUGACGGAAUUCAUUUUACAUCUUAUGAUAUAUUAUAGUUUAGUACAAAUUCGUAACUUUGAUUAAUUAUCAUAAAAUAACAUGUGUAUAUUGCGUAUAUUUGAUUACAUUUUAUAUAUAUUGUUAUAUUUUUGAUGUAUACGUGAAAUGUUAAUAACAUUAACGUUACUAAGUAAUAUAUUAAUUUGUAAUUAUUGUGUCGUUAUUUUUAUAUUAAAAGUUCGUUACGUUAAUGAUAGUUAAUAGUAAAUCCAUUCAAAAAAUAUGGUGGGAAUAAAACCAACACAGGAAAUACAGUUUUAUUUAAAAUACAUAGGUACUUAAUUAUAGCUUUUAUUAAGCUAUAAAACCUAUAUGAAAUAGAAAAUAUAUUUAAUACGUUCAUGUCAGUGGUUUCUAGAGUUUUUGACACUUUGUAUUAGUAUCCUCUAAUGAUCAAAAUUUAUCGUUACACUGUUAUAUUUGUAUUCAAAUUAAUAUUUGACUUGUAAAUAUAUGGAAUACUUAUCAUUCAUAAAUUGUUGUAAAAGAGUAGAUAUGACCAGAAGCGUGCUCAAACAUUUUCAAUGGGAGGGGUUAAAGACAAUUUUUCCAUUUAAAUCAACUAUAAUCAUAAGCAUUUUUUCUGUAGUGAUUACAGAUCCCUAAAUCAUUAAAACUGGGAUAUAACCCUUACCAGUUCAUAUUUUACUUAAUUUUAUUUCAACAUUAUUUCAUUAGAGUGAAGAAUAUCGUCGUCUAUUUUGUCUAUUUAUCAGUAUUAGUCGAUUUUAGAAAUCUAGAAUAUUUUUUAUCAAAGUUGACAAUGUUUUUGAUAAUAUCAAAUACUAUAGAUGAUAAUACAUAAAGCUCAGAAAUUUUCUAAGGGACACUAUAGAGUUCAAUAAUGUGCAUGAAAACCCCUUAAGAAAGUAGUGGUUUUAGAUUAGAACUGUUAACUGAUACUGUCUGAUAGUAAAAUGUAUUGUACUAUUCAUUAUGGUUAUUCAACAAUUAUUAUUAUCAGCUUUAGCUACCAGUACGCCUCUGUAAGGAUGUAUGGAUUAUAGAAACUGAAACAAGGUUUGUUAUCGUUUUUACAAUAAUUCAGUACAGAUCUCUAGUAUUAAAAGUUGUAAUUAUAUUUAUAGAUUCACUAGAUAAUAACAAAUAAAAAUAUAGUAAAUAUAUAAACAAGAUUUUAGCCUAGUUUUCAAAUAGGUAAUUUUUUUAAUGCAUUUUAUAUGUAUGAAUUUUACUAUAGCAAUUUUUUUUGAAACUAUUAACACAUUUAACAAUUUCGUUAAAAAUUCUAUUUUACAUGUAUCAUAAAUUAUGUUUAAAGGAAUACUUACAGUAUUAAAAAUUUGUGUUAUUUCUUUUCGAACACAGGUUUUAUCUUUGAAUAGAAAUGGCUCUAUAUUUGAAUUAAAAAUUAUACGUUUUGUUCAGUUGGAAAUGUAUGGAAUGAAAUUCCUAGACUUUUUUUACCGGUAUUGUAGUAAGAUAUAACAGCACAAAGUUUUUUUACCUAUGGUUUAUUUGUUUAAUAUGUAAAAGAAAAAACUCUAUUAAUAUUAAUUAAUAUGAUUACGUAGUACUUAUUCCAAUGUAUAAUAUAAUAUGUGUAAAAACCUAAAUCUGCUUUUGAUUUUUAAAAGGUAGGUGUCUAGCUCUCUUUAUUUAUACGAGUAUUUGAUAUGUAUGUAUAAGUAUAGAUUUUAUUUUAUUUUUUCAAAGUUUAACUAUAGUUUUUUAAUAUCUAAAUUAAUUAUAAAUGAUCGAUGAAAGGAGAUAAAAUUUCAAAACUACAAGGUUUUUCUAGUGAAAAAUCGCUGUAAAUUAAAAAUACAAAUUUCUUUCCGGUUUUUUUAAAGUGUUUGAAUGGUUUUUUUUAUAAUUGUUUAUGAGAUUUACUGUUAUUUAUGCUAUAUAUAGCAUAAGGUAAAUGGCGAGUAAAAUAACAAUAGUUAUCAGUGCAUAUUUUUUCAUAUUUAAGAAACUUUUCGAUUUGAAAGCAUAUUUUUGUACAUAAUUUUUAUUGCAUAUCAUAUUAUUGUUUAUUAACAUAUAAGAACUUUGCGAAUUUCAAUAUUUUUAAAUUUUGUAAAAAAAAAAAAAAAAAAAACUAGGGUUUUGAAAUUUCUUACUAUUGUUUAGCGGCAUAAAUAAAUACUAUACUUAAAUGGACACAUUACGAACAUAAUACAUAUUUAUAUUUAAAAGAAAGUUCGUCCUUAUAUUUUAAUCAAUAAAUUAUACUAUUUUUAAAAUAUAUUUUAAUAUUUUAACUAAUUAGUUUUUUAACGUAAUUAGGAAAUUACUAAUUAGGUGUAUUCUGACGGGACCGAAUGCUUGAAAUAUUUAAUUAUCUCUAUAAUACCUCAAUAUGCGGCAACCCUUUAAUAAUUUUAUGUUUUAUUAAAUUUAGCUAACUCUAAUAAUAUUUAUGGAUUUUAUUAGAGGUGAACCAUUUUUUGAUAUAUAUAUAUAUAUAUAUAUAUUUAUAGAGUGUUUAAGAUCAAGCAUGCCGUUAUUUUUAUUGAAAUUUAAUCCUUGUAGAUACAUAAUAUAUACGAACACUAAAUCCAGUCCUGUAUUAUUUUUUAAAUAAAUAAAAAUGAUAUUUUUAAAUCCAUAAAUGCGUUAUUAGAUUAGAUUAGACAAAUAAAUUUAAAAUAUUAGAAUGAUUUAAGUAUCGGUACUUAUUAUUAGUUUUAUUAUUAUUAUUACUGCAGACUAAUGCAUUUAUAUAUAUAUAUAUAUAAUACACUUAACGCUAUAAUGAUGUGUCAUACGUUAAUAAUAUAUAAUAAUUCAUUAAUGUAAAACAAAUAAUGAUUAAUAGGUGUAAAACUGAAGUAUAUAAUUUAUCGAAUACUAAUGUUUAUAAUGGCCAAAAUAUACUGUUUAUAAAUAUUUACAAUAGAUUUUUGGUGAGAUAUCUCGAAAAUGAAUUGCAUAAUAAUUUAACUUCGAAAGUAUUAUUAAAACCAUUUUAGGUGCGUUAUAGAUAAAUUUUUUUUUAGUAGUAACGACUUUUAAAGACCAGCCCUCUAAAAACAUUUCAUCUAUCUAUAGUUGCUAUCUUCUGCUUCUAUCUACAUUAUAUUCCAUUUUUUAUCACUUUUGCAUCCUUUAUGUUACGCAAUCUAAGUCUCCCUAUCAGUGGACGUUUUAUUCCUAUUGGAUUCUUUUCUACCGCUAUUUUUAUGACUUCUGUAAUUCUUCCAUCUCAAUAAGAUUUUUUAAUUAAUACUAAAUGCGCAUUUAAACAAAUCAUUGUGGUUGUGUCUAUUUUUCAUUAGUUUGAGCAUCUUUGCUUGGCCCAUAAAUCCAAUCUAAGAAUUUUUCUCUCGAACACUAUAUUAAUUAAAUAUAAUUUCCUUUUUAAGUGCGACCAUAUUUCUGAACCGCAUACACUACUAAGCAUAUUAAAAAUAGAAAUUCAAAUAGUAUAAUUUUUAAAGUAAACAGUUCCGAACCACUAUGAUAAUAAUCGAUUUUUUUUGAUUUAUUAUAACUAGAGCCCGGAUUUCCAUUCUUUUAAAAUAGCCAAAAUAUGACGCUUAUAUUCUCUUAAAAACUUGAAUAUAUAUGCUUGUAAUAUUCUCUAAAAAUAUUAUUAAAAUAUGCAAAGAUAUAUUUUCAUAUUAAUAGUCAAUAUAUAUUCUUACAUCAAAAUAUCUACUUAUUCAAAUUUAAUAAAUAAUAAUUAACAAAGUCAAUAAUAUUAUUAAAAUAAUAAUAAACUAUUUUUUUUAGAUUGUUAAUUCGGCAUAUCAUAAAAUUAAAACUUGUUAAUCAAAGCACAACAGUAACAAAUUAUAAAAAAAAAUGAUGUUUUUAAUUUAAAUAUACUUCGAAUACUAAAUGAUAAUUCAUUAUCGCUGGAGGAAAACACGCAGUUAGUCCUGUCGCAGGACUAACAAGUAUAUCAACGUCAUUUACCGUUGUUAUAUUAUGAUAAACAUUAAUAUAGUAAUUUUCGCACUUCAUUAUCAUUUUUAAAUUAUCAAAUCGUGGUGGUAUUGGAAACAUCAUACGACGUACCCAAUUAUUAUAUAAAAUAGAAAAAACUUAUCGCAGCAUUUAAAAUAUACAUAAUUUUUUAAGUCUUGGUAAUAUUUCAAUUCAUACAUUUUUAAUUAAUCAAAUAUGCAAAAUCAAAUUGCACUAUCAAUCGUUGACAUAUCUUACAUUCUUGGUUGUGCAAAAAUCCAUUAAAAAUAUGUUUUUUCAUAGAAAUCCGCGCUCUAAUAUUAUAACCAAUGAUUUUUUUGUUAUUAUUAUUUUAUUAUAAAAUGGUGUAUUUUUUUGAACUACACUUUAAAAAUUUAAUUUUAAUAAAUAUUUCUUAAUAUAAUCUAUAAUAGAAACAAAAUAUGAAUAGUGGAUAUUAUGAAAAUGAGUAGAUAAAAAAAAACCAAAUAAACUAAUAGGUGUGCCACUACUUCAAGAGGGAAGUUGUAAAAGAGGUUAUUUUAUAGUAAUUCAUUUAUAUCUAUUCAUAAUGGUAAACCAUUGCUAACGAAUAAUUGAAUCUGAGAAUAAUAUUAUUAAUCGUAUUUUCCUAUUGAUGCCAAAGUAGCCCAGAAAUAAAACAAAAAUGAUACAAGAUAUUGUUAGUUUUCCUAUUUAUCUAUUAUCCUAUCCCGACUAUACCGGAAUUUUCGAGGUAAACAAUUUAUCAGGAUCUCGGGAUUGCUUUCUCUAAUAACAUCACCCAUUUUUAUUUAUUUUUUGAGUAAACACCCGUAGGCUCAAGUACAGUACAGUAUUAAAUAACAUAUUGUGCUCAAUUAUUUACAAUAUUUCCAUUUCUCUCCUUAUCACAGUGAACCAUUAAUGCCCGGUAAUUUAUUAUAUUUAAAAGGAUACUUUCUAUCAGUAAUAUCUAAAUCAACUAAUAUAAUUACUGUUUUUUUCAUCAGUGUCGACCAAUGUAAUCCACGCAUAAACAAAAAAAAAAAUUAAUUUCCGUUCCAAAAAUAUUAAUAACCCUGUGUCUUCCAACCUAUGGUGGUCGAAUUUCGGAAAUCCUGCUGUGAGGUGGUGAUGCAUGCGGAUCCGUUCAUUUGCUUCUGUAUAUAUUGUCAGAUCUCUGCUUGCGAUAGAUUCGGCUGUGCAUCGCGCACGAACAAAGAUAUAGACAGACACUUCCUUUUAUUUGAUUAUUAAUAUUAAAUAUAUAAUUUAUUUAGGUCGAGAGGGGGGAGGGGAGCGAUAUUAUGUAUGAUCUUGAAUUUGGUCUGUGGCAAAUAACCAGUUUUGUUUUAUAAUUAUCGCGAUAAAUUAAUAAUAAUUGAAAUUUUUUAAAUUACGUGGCUGCGCUUGGUCGACCACAAAUUAAGGCGUAGUAUAAAGCAAUGUAGGCAGACAGCCUACAGAAUCGUCAUUGAUCACGGAUUAACUAGCAUCGUCCGCUUUUUCAUCUUAUAUAAGUAUAUAAGUUUUUUCGAUACAAACCAUGUAAUAACUUUAUUAUUAUUUAUUUUUUUUUUCAAGAACAACUAGCAAGUAUUUAUAUUACUUACAGAUUGUAUCUGUGUAACCUAUAAAAAUAUAAAAUCGAGGUAGGACGAAAUUUAAUUUAUGAUCAAAAAAAAAUCAAACAAACAAACUCAUCGCUAUACGCAUCUCCAUCGUUCGGUGUUUUCGCUUUAAGGUUUUUGUCUAAAUACCGCGACAGUCUCGUUUUUAAUUAAAACUUUUUUUUUACACCGACCAGUCUACAUCUGUGCUUCAACGUAAUAAACAAUUUACAAAACAAGUAAAAAAAUUGUUUUUGUUAUUUAUCGAAGUCGAAUAAUAAUUGCGGGUUUUUGAACACGUAGUAUCAAUUAAAAAAUGCAAAAAGUGUGUAAAAUAUAUAUUAGUUUACGCUAUUAUUAUAGUACUCGUCGAUACAUCCGUCUUCGCUCGAGUUAUUACCUAUUAUUUUUUUUUUUUUUUUAUGACAAAUUAAUGGAACAAAUUUUAAAAUUUAUACUUAAAGAAAGAUUUUAUUUAAUUAUUCAAAAGUUUUUAUACAAUACGAUUUCACGUACAUAGGGAUAGAUUAGAACCAGACAUAAGUAUUCAAUAACUAAAAAUAAAAUGCUUCAACAAAUAGCUACAGAGAAAUAAGGGCGCCGAAAUGUUAACGCGUAUGGCGUAAGUCUUAGCUGUGUAGACGUGGGCGUACAUUUAAUAAUAUGUAUAGUAUUUUUGUAAUUUCUUAGCUUUAGAAAACGCUUUAUUUUUAUAAUAACGAUAAUAAUAAAACAACAGGUAGUAUUUACCAGAUUUUGUAUUAUUUUUGCUUCUCCGUUUUUAAAAUAUCAAGUAUAAAAAUACUUAUAUGUACAAUUGCAGUAUCCUAUGAAAAUAUAAUCAUUGCGAUAUCUUAGAAAGUAUUAACUUUUUCGAAACAAGUAUAGUUGUAAAGUGUUACAUUAGUGACAUUAACGUGAUAUUUGGGAGUGCAUCGUAUGUCUACAUUUGAUUUUAAACGGAUUGUAUACAAAUUUUAUAAAUAGACGGAGUUUUAGUUUGAAUACAUUUUGGUGUUGACAUUUUUUAUUUCCGUCAAUCCAUUGACGAGAUAUUCCAUUUUUAAAUAUGCGUAAAGGAAAAGUAGUGGAGCACUAUUCAAACCCCGCGUGAUGUGCUGCUACACAAAUGAUGUUCCGCUAUUUACAGUAUUUAAACUAAUACUCAGGGUCUGAUUUAAGUGUUGGCCACCAAAAUACUGGAGUUGAUUGGGCGCUCCCAACGGGUUCUAUAGUGGUGUGCAGGAAAAUAGGAUCCAUAAAUAACCUAGAGCAUUAAGUGGACGUAGUACUCAUAUAUGAUGUUUCAGUUCAAGUAUCAAGCAACAUAGCAAAAUUAUGCUUCCGCAGACUGAGUAUAACUCGAUUAAUUUUGAUUUUAGAGUAAAAGCAUCAAUUAUAAAACCGAUCGUAAAAUUAGGAAUGAUGGUAUAAAAGCGUGUCAUAGAAUACAUUUCAAUUCGCAUUUGUUAUAAUAUUAGAGCUGACUACCAGAGAAAUUUCUCAUUAUUUUAAUAUAGAUAUAAUAAAACGUUAUCACGAGUUGUCAUUUGAUCUAGCCAAAUAUUUUAUUUCGUAUUAUGUUUUUAUUUAUUUUUUCAGUUACAUUUUCGAUUAAAUUCCAUAUUAUACGAUUAUAUUGUAAAAUAUAACGUAAAUAACAAUAAAACAAAUUAUUUUAUCUAGUUUUGAUGUGUAGUAUGCUGUGCACGUAAACUACGUCACUGAUAUAGAGCUUAGGAGCAACAAGUUUAUUGAAAAAGAAAAAAAAUUAUUUGUGACGCCCCUACUAUUUACCAUUGGCCGGUUAGCAUCCGAGGUUGUAGCUUGUUCAACCUAUUGGUAUAAUCAAAUACUGCUAUUAUUCCUUAUAUUCGUGAAAUGUUUAAUACAUGUUGCCAUUUGAAAAUCAAAAGUAUAGUUAGUCUGUUCACGGUAAAAAAUAAUGGUAAAAAGGCGGGCAUGCUUCGUACAUGGGUGGCCCACUGUUAUAGGUAAGAAGUUGAGAAGGUAGAUGGGAAAUUUAAUGUAUCUGUAUGCAACGAUUAACAUUGCAUUAACAUAAUACGAAAAAUGAUUCUUAGCGGAGUUCAGUUAAUAGUGUUGUUUUUUCAACAAUAUAUAUGUCAUAUGGUAAAAUUACAUGUUAUGCAUUAUAUAUAAUUUUUAAUAAUAUUUGUUUAUUAUCGUAUCUAUAUUCCCGUUUUUUCCCAUUUAUUGUGAAAAAUCAAAAAAAUGACUACCCUAAAGUAUCACCCCGGUAGAUUUCCUUUCAGAAAAUGUGUUAUCGUUGUAAAUCGGAGCAAAAUAGCUGGUAAAAAGUCGUCAUAGAAAAAAAAUUGAACAUCAUUGUAAAACCAUUACAUUCCUCGCUCCACUCAGAAUCGAAAGUAUAACAUUUUAGAACGCCUAAUUUCUUAAAAUGUCAAAAACGAAAAGAAUCCCGAAAAAAGUUAAUGGGUACUUACCAAGAUAUCGCAAUGGUCGUGGGACAUAUGCGUACGUGAACGUUAAUAUUUACGCUCGUUGGUAUAAAAAAAAUAUAUAAUUUGUAAUAUUAUGAUGACGCCUCCGCGUAUUCCGAAACUGCAUAAUAUAUAAUAUUAUAAUUUUCAGUUUUCGCAAUAUACACGUGUAAGGAAAUUUGAUUAUUUUUCUAAUUAUAUGCGUUAACGUUUGACAGGACAUCAUAUUUUGUACGUAUCAGUGUAGAGUGUAUAAUAAUAACAACAAUAAUUAUUACGUCACAAUAUAUAUACAUUGUUAUAGUACAUAUGGCUGGGUUUGUUGUUUGGUAGAUUGAUUAAAAUCGCAAUAUUGUGUUUUUGAUCGACUAGGAAGAUUAUUACCGAAAACGAAAUAAUAAUAAUAUUAUACCGUGAUAACCGCGCUUUCACCGGAAGUCGAAUAUCAGAGAGCCCCGGAGAGCUGCGCGUAUAAUAAUAAUAACACGACGGUACAGGACGUAUAUUAUCGAAAUAAUCGUCAAAAUGUUUAGAUGAUUUUCCUUUUUCUUUUCUUUUCUUUCCCCCGCAGAUCUAACAUUAUUAUAUCGUCGGCGCGUACUAAUGUUAUUGUGUUGUCGUGACGUAUUUCCGCGUAUUUUUUUUUUUUUUUUUCAUACGCGUCGCAUUUUUUCUACGCAUAUCGGGACACAAAACGCGAAACAUAUAAUAUAUACCUCUUACCUGUACGUAAAAUAUAAUAAUAUAAUAUAGUUCAAUAAAUGUACGCGCGCACACAUAUUUUAUACGUAUCAGAAAAGCAAUAAGGCAUCGUAGGGGGAAAAAAACGCUAACGCGUGAAACUGUGACGAUUUUAUAUAGUCUGUUCUGUGUUCGUAUAUUAUCGUAUUUUAUAGCGUUUAAGCUCGCGCCGACAUCUGUGCGUCGGCGUGGCAAGGCGGCGGCGCGUCGUAGGCGUACCGGUCCGCGGCAACGUUGUUUUCCGUAUGCGGAGUCCAUAUUAUAUACGUGUAUUGUAUAUAUACCAUAUUACCACAUGUCUGGUUGAAAUUUCACACUAUAUAUAUAUGUGAGUGUGUGUGUGUGUUAUUUACUGUGUAUAAUAUAGUAAAUACGAAGUUUAUCGAUUUUGUUCACAAGAUCGUAUUUAAUUUUUUUUUCGAUACAUAUUUUUGUUUGUCUUUAACGAAAAAAAAAAAAUGUAUUCGUAACAAUUAUAGGAGAAGCGUAUUAUUAUUAUUUAUAACACGCCUUUGAACAUUAUGUUUUUAUUUUGCUGGACGGUCGUACAAAAAGUAAUACAGCUUAUAAUAUUGUAUAGUAUUAAUUAUAACGAAAUGUCGCGUUUGUUUCGUUUCGAUAUCGCAGGUAUAUAACAUAUGUCGUACUAUGUAUUACUAUGCAAUUUGAUUUAGCGUAACUUUUCCGAGACUUUUAUGGUUUUAGAAACGUUAUUCAGGGAUCCCGUAUAAUAUGUUCAACUGAACAAACAUACCAAAGGUUUGAAAACUAUUUGUUCGGUUCGUCAUAUUUCCUAAACUAGGUAGUUUCUUGGAUUAAGUGCGCUUUAACUGACAACGCGGUCACGAAUACCAGUUUUGAAAUGGUAUUUAUUUGAAAAGACAUUACUAUAAAUAUUGGCGAGCAACAAAAUAUACUUACGCCAAGUUGAACUAACAAGGUCUAACAAUCGACACAAAUUGAAAAAUUCCGUACUUUAAUUAUUAUUAAAAAUUAAUGCGAAACUUUAUGUUUGAUCGCGCAUGUGAUAAGAACGUUUCAAACGAAACCAGAUUUGAAUUAACUCCUUCUCAAAUACCGCCGAUUAAAACAAUUAUAAUGAUUCUAUAAUGGUCUUAUUAACCAUUCAUACUUUUGCUGGCCUUUCGUUCAACUCGACAAAUCGACAACUACAAGUUGCCCGGCCCCUUAAUUAAUAUGAUAAUAAUCAAUUAUUAUUUAUUAUUAUUUAAUUAUAUUUUCAGACUAUAAUUUGAAAACUAUUUUUAACAUUUUAAUGGCCACCUUAAAGAUAAGACUUUUCCACCGAUCCACUGCCCAAAACCCAUUUAAGGGGAAGGGGUACGGCCGUUUUUACAACUGACGAAUAUCAUGCUGGAGUAAACAUCACCUACUACUGCUCGCCCAAUUUUAGUUUCGAAAAUAUAUUUAAAAUAUUUGAUUUCUUGUAUAUGUUCUACAGGAAACUUUAGUUCGGUUUUUAUUUAUUUAAAGUACACGAUGGCAAGUAUCUUUUUUUCUAAAAAUAAAGUCAUAUACUUAAUUGUCACAAAAAAAAAAAUAUAUAUAUAUAUUUUUCAAAACGGGAAUUAAACUACUGGAAGUAUGUUUAUUUUACUCCCGUGUAUUGCUCUCAAUGUAAAAAAUAAUCGUAAAGAUCUGACAUUUUUAUUAAAUACUCAGCCCUUUCUAAACAUCCUGACGAUUUUCGAACUAUGUAUAACCAUUUUAAAUGUUUGGUUUUUAUUUGAUUUUAUGUAAUUUAAAUAUGUUUAAGCCAACAAGAACACUAAAAAAUUGAAGUUUGUCAUAAGUUGUACUUAGAAGUAGUAAAAAACAAAAACAAAUAUUAUUCAACAGUGUUAUUAGUAAUCGAAGUAAUUAGUUAUAAUUUACAACACCAUUUACAUAUUAUGAUUAAUAAUAGCUCAAUUAUUAUUAUGUAUGUAUAAGCGUAAUAUUUAAUCACGUGCCUAUAUUAUAGUUUACAAAAAUUAAUUAUAAUUCGUAUUUUAAUAGGUAGUAUAAUUAAUUUCUGUUUAACUAUUUGUACUUGUUGUUGUUUUUUUUUUAUGAAAACAAGUUCUAAAUAUUCCGAAGGGUUUAUAGAAACGAUUUUAUUGAAUGCCAAAAAUAAAAAUGAAUUCAAAUUAAUUGUUACUAACUGAAUUAUUUUAUAUCAGAAAAUUAAUAUAUUAUGUAUCAAUAUUUUUAUAAUACCUUAUCUAUACAAUACAAGACUUAAUUUUAUAAAUUAAGAUAUUUCUAAAGUUGAUGUAAUGUGCAAACAUAUGGACAUUUUUAUUUUUUUGUAUCAAAUAAAAUAAAAUUGUAGAUAAAUAUUUAAACCUAUCCAUAUCAUAAUAUGACGUGUAUUACGAAAAUAAAAGAAACACAUCAUAGUAAAAUCAAAGAAUACAUUCCUAUCGCUGCGCCCAGAAUUUAAAAAGCCAAUUAUGCAUUUGAUAAUAUUACAAAGAAAAUCAAAAUAGCGGUUCCACUAGAUCACAGUAAUCAAUUGUUACGAGAUUUCAAACAACCUAAUAUAAAGAUUUACUUUACGUAAUAUAAUUGUUAUGAAAAAAAAAAUAAUAAUUUGCAAUGAAACAAUAUAGUGUAAGUACUCGUCUAAAAUAUAACCAUAUAAUUAUGCAAUUACUCGAUCGUUGCUCUAUUUUCUCAUCAUAUUUGUUCUAUUUUCUCGUCGAAUGUUUCUCAGGUUUAUUGUAAAAAAAAAAUGUACAAACACACUUAUAUAUAUAUAUAUUAUAUAUAGGUUAACACAUUAGUAUUUUUUCGUAACAUUCGUCAUUUUAAAACAGUUAAUUUAUAAGUAUGUCUAUUAGGUUCCUUACGCUAUAAGUAUAAAUAUUAUUUUCAGUAUGCCGUUUGACUAUUUUUUAAAUCAUGUUCUUUUAAGUAGGUACUCUUACAACAACAUUAUAAAACUAAUAAUUUUUUAAACACGGCAUCCAAUUUCGUUUAUUUCGAAUUUACAGAUAAACAGUAGGUAUAAAUAUAGAUAUAUUUUUUAAGUGCAGCGAGGACUGUAUUGAUUUUACUAUAUUAUGUGGUCUUUUUCAGAUUCCGAUCUGUUAACAAUAUUUCUACAAAGAUUCUUGCUCCGAUCAAAAAAUGACAAGAAUUUAUUUUGUAGCAUUUUUAAUCUGUAAUUGGUGUAUUGAUGAGGUUAUUUUUUUUAGUUUUCUUAAUAGUUGAGAAAAAACGUACGACAAAAACAAUUUUAUGAUUUUUAAUUUUGUUUUUUUUUAUUAUUUAUUCGGUAAAAAAUGAUUGUAAUCCUUUAACAUUUUCACAGAAUUAUGGAAACUGUUGAGCUAUUUAUAGACAUUUGAUAUUUUUGGUUUUAAUAAAAUAGUUUUAGCCAAGUGAAAACAUUUAAAAAAUUAACACGAGACUAAUCAUAAAUUUUGUUUGGUAGUUAAAAAAAAAUUGUAGUAGUUUAUUUUUAUAAAAUAAAAUGUUGAUAAAAAUCGUAAAAAUCACAGACAUGUUUAACCAAAUUGCUCAGGAUCGUUUUUCGUAAAACAUCUUAAUUUAUCCUAACUUUCCAUCUAAAACAAUAUUCAGCAGUUUCAACUUUUUUUUUGUACUUCUUAUAACACGGUUAUUCGCAUAGAUGUUCAGAAAUGAUUAUAGUUUGAUAAAACUUGAAGUGAUUUUUUACCAACACGAAAAGUUUGUUUGAGAAAAAUAAAAACUGUGCAUUAUAAAACUAGGUAAUCGCUUCCUUGAAUCAACGAAAAGGAUAAAAAAAAAAUGUAAAUUCGAUUUUUGCUCAUAUUAUGUAUAACAACUUUUACUUGACUUGGUAGAAUAAAAAUCUGAAAAAAAAACCAAACUAUACUGCUAUUACCCAUAGCUAGAUGGCUAUAAAUUAUUAUUACGUAAUAUUAAUGUACCUAUUUAAAAACUUAUUAUUAAAAAUAUGAAAAUAAACCGUUUAAAAUGUCAAGUGGACGUCACGACGAAGCAUAUUAUGUGCGUUCAGCAGAACCAAUUUUGUGCUUUUACUUUUAAUUUUAAAGGUAAUAGUUGCAUUAUCAAGCUUAAAGGUAGGAACAUUAUCUGUUUAUGUACGUUAAUCUUUUCCGAUAUUUUAAUUUUUCAAACACUCCUAUUUCACUUGAAAAUUUAAGAAAAAAAAAUUGAUUCGCUCCGAUAUUAAAAUUAACAACCUCGAGUUUGUUUGGUAGACGAACGCAUAUUUUAUAUCGUCUCCAUCCAUAGUACUUUUUAGAAACUAAAACAAUUAUUAGAUUCGAUACCGUUUUUUAUUAUUAUUAUUAUAUCACGACAAAAAAUAUUUAAUAAUAACAUAGGUAAACUAAAAAAAACAACCGUUCUGCAAUCGAAAUAUUCAAAUACAAAUCGUAUCUUAAGUUCUAUUCGUAAUAAAAAAAAUAAAAAGAAAAGAAUAAUGAUAAUAAAUACCGUUAAUUUAUCAAUGCGGCGGAGUUAAUUACGCAUCAUCAUAAACGUAUCAGACACACCCCGGUGCGGCGGCGACGGUUUCGGCACAAAGGUAACUGGGUCUUUAGGGUGUUCGCAUUGUCACUUAUUGUGUAUUAAUAAUAAUAAUAAUAAUAAUAAUAAUUAUAAUAACGCUAUAGUCUUAUAUUUCGUCCGUAACUGUAACUAGGACACAAGAGAGUGAAAAAUUUGUUUUUUUUCCUUCGCCUCCUGGCCCCUCCUCCUUCUCCUCUUCUCGUUUCUUAUCGUUGUUAUUUCGAGAGCGGGUGACAAUCCGAGAGACGGACAGGCAUAUCUUUUUCGGCGCGUGUGUUGUGCGCGCGCCCACCCGCUCGCGUCCUAAACAUAAAAACAAUUGAUACCAACUGUAUAAUAUAUUUUAUAACACGACGAUGAUAUUGUAUACACGCAGUUUGCAGUCAAGGCAAACAAUGGAAAUGUCACGGUUUGGCAAAUUAUAUAUUAUUACUGUUAUAUCUAUAUAUCUGUAUCUAUGUAUACUGUAUACGUCUAUAUAUGUCUAGAAUAGGAACCGUCGGCCAUUUUUAUACGUAUACCUAAAGGUGUAUACGCAUUCUUUUCGCGCUAUAAUUUAAAUAGAAAACUUUUCUUUUCUUUUUUUUUUUUUUCAUAUAUAGGUACAGUUAUAUACCUAUAUAUAUAUAUAUAUAUAUACCUAUGUAGGAGAGAGGACGUAUACCUAUUCCCGCGUUAAAUUAUAUAGUGGGUAGGUUAGAUAUCGAUAUUCUCGAUAUGCGAACAUUUCUCAUAAGAAAAUUGAUAGCAUUAUUAUUCGCCAUCGUUAUAAAUCGACGCGCAAAUUCGAAAUGGAUCGUAAUUUUUUUUCACUCAUUGUGUAUACUCAAAUCGAUAAUUUAGCGUUUUCGAUUUGAACGAUAUUUUAUUGGUACACCGACUGUUAUCUGCGAAAAUUCAAUACAAUCCGCGCUCGGUGUACCAGUGCAUAUCGCAUACCCGAUUUAAUUUCAAACUUCGGAGCAUCGCAACGAUGCACAAGUACUGCUUGUAUUAUAAACCGUGUUCUAGUAUUAAACAAAAAGAAUAACAAAAAACACGAUUUUCUCGUCCGCGGUAAAUUUCAAUUUGUACAAUAUUUUCGUAUUUUCGAUAAUAUUAUACGAUGAAAAAUCUAUAACGUUGUGAAAGCGUUGCACUCGUGUAGUUUUAAGUUUAUUACAGAUGUUUAUAUAUUUUUACGUUAUUUUUUUUCGUUUUACCAUGUCUGAAUUUGCAACUUAUAAUAUAUGUACAGGUUUUUUUACUACUAUACUUUACAUUUUGAGUGUACCGAUGAAUCAAUUAGUUUUACAAUAUGUUUUUUUUUUUUUCGAAAAACAUUUUUCCGGUUAUAUAAAUGUUUCGAUUUUUCGUCCCGUAAAAAAAUAUCUGGUAUCCGGAAAAAUUUUCAAUUAACUACAAAAUAUGUCUAUACAAUAUACACAUCAGUUUAAUUUGAAAUUAUCUCUGCGGGGUUACCUUAGUGACAAGGGAGAAAACCACAACUUUUAAUAUUUGUCUCGGAAUCAUUUUUUUAUUAAGAUGAGUUAUUUCUGCUUUCAGCAUACAAACUAAAUUAUCUUGUACCCUGUACCUUCCAAACUUUUCGCCUACAACAGUGGCAUAAUAUAUGUAAUUAUGUAUAUUAUACAUUAUUAUCGGGUAUUACCCAUGAUAUGAAGUAUAUAUAAUUAUAUUCAAUUUUUUCGCAUAUCGAUUAAAUUUAGGUAUACAUUAGUAUACCUAAAUAUACCAGCCAUACAGAAAGAUUUAUUUGUAUGUGACUAUCUAGUUCUAAUAGGUAUUUUACGUAUUUUAAAUCUUUUAUUAUACAGAUAAUAGUUCUUCUCCUUCACCUUCAUCCCAACUAUUUGGGGUUGGGUACCCUCGUCCUAAACUUUCACUUGAUCCAAUCUCCCACAUCGCCUACUCCGGCUCGCGGCUAUCCUUAUAUCAUUCUCAGUCGAAUCCAAACACCUGUUAUUUCGGUCUUCCUUUCCCCCUUUUUCCUUCUACGUUUAUUUCUAUUACAAUUCUUACUGUUUCUUAUUCUUCUCUCUCCAUGACGUUAUGCCCAAACCAUUUCGGUCUAUUUUUCCUAAUUUUUCUUACUAUCGAAGCUACGUCUAAGCUACUUAUGUACUCAUUUCUUGGCCUUACUUCUUUUGUCACUCCACUCAUCCACUUAAAUAUUCUCAUUUCUGCUACACUCAUUCUCUGUUCUAUUUUUCCUUCUACUAACAUUCCGAACCAUACAACAUAGUCAGUCUCAGCACACUUUUGUAAAACUUACCUUUAAGUUUCUUUUUGGUAAUCUCUAAAAAAAUCUAAUGCUUCCCUCCACUUUAUCCAACCAUACAACCAAUCCUAUACUUUACUUCCUCGUAAAAGCCACCGGUUUUUUGUGCACAAGUUCAUAGAUACCUACAUAAAACUUUCAACUUCACCUAUUACGUCACCGCUUAUGAUCGUUAGCUAUGUUGUCCUUUUCUCAUACACUAGAAAUAUACUUCUAUUUACCCUUAGUCUCUUUCCUUUAAUUGCUACUCUUCAUUCCUCAAACAGCCUAUUAUUAACUUCUUCCAGGUUUUGUCUUAUCAAAGCUAUAUCAUAUGCAAACAUCAUGUACCAUGGUACCUUCUCUCACCUGUUGUCUCCGUCCACAUUCGAAAUUGCAUUCAAGUCUUACCACCCAAGUCUUGUUUAAAACUUGCCAUACUCUGAUAGAAUUUUAUACCGGCUCAACAGCCAAUAGGCCAACGCCUGACACAACCCCAUUUGUCGCCUCUCACGACAGAUAGGUACCGCGGGAGUAUUCUGAUCCCCUUACACAGUGAAAAUGGUAUUGUCAACUAUAAGGCGAAUUCUUUCAACCUAUACAAAAAUAAUACUUUAUAUGCCUAUUGAAUUUACCCAUCUGAGCUUUCCACUAGUAGAAGCUUGUAGCCCCGGAUUCGGUAAACCUGUAGCAUUAUAUACUCCCUUGAAGUUUAUAGAUAGUAGUUAUUAAUGUUUUAAUGUAUUAAUGCGGAUUGGCUGUUAUCUUUAUUACUUGUAGUAUAUUUAUAUAUACCUACACGUAAUUCAGAAUCAUGUACUGAUAUAAAAUAUAAAAUAUGUGACAAUAUUAUUAUGGUUUUCAUAAUAAAAAAGGAUUUUAAAAAUAAUAUUAUGGUUAAAUGAUUUUAAAAAUUUACUUACUGGUAUUUUGUUACUUACUUAUUUUUAAACAUAAUUUAUAAUACAAUGUAUAAUUAUAUUAUAUUAUGUUUUAUCAUGUUUUUUUUUCUUUGCCUUUAUUUAUUAUGGUUGUUAUUAAACUUGAUCAUCGUAAUUGUUGUAGAAUACAAAAAAGCCAGAUCUGAAUUGAAAAAACGAUCGACGGAUACGCUGCGUUUACAGAAAAAAGCGCGGAAAGGUGCCAAAAUGAACGAGUUACAUAAAGCAUUACAAGAUGUUUCCGACAGAAAAGCCGUGUUGGAAGAAACCGAAAAGAGAGCUGUACGCGAAGCGUUAAUCGAAGAGCGAAGUCGCUAUUGUAUUUUCGUUACGUUUUUGAAACCGGUCCUUGUACGUGCAAUAAUAAUCAUUUUAAACUAAUUGGCUUAAGCAGACUUGUAUGUGAUGUGUUUUUAACUAAAUUCUGGAUUUUAUUCCCUAUAUCAGGAAGAAGAAGUCGCCAUGCUAAUGGAACUAUCCCAUUUACAAGAAGUUAUGGAUAAAUUAGAAGCGCAUACCAUCGAACCGUAUUCAUUACCGCCGGCCAGCGAACAGGUAAAAUUCUAUAAUACUUAGCUAAGGGUGUUGGAAACGGUUCUCCACAUUUUCUUCAAUUUUGUAAAAUUUAAAAAUCAUGUUUUACCUUUUAAUGACUAUCUUAAUGAUAAGACUUUUUCACUAAUCUACAGCACGGUAUCCAUUUAAGGGGAAGUUCUUAUGUUAUUUGGCCGUUUGGACCAAACAACUGGAAUCAAAUUCACUCAUUAUCCCUCAUCCAAUUUUAAUUAUACGAUUUCUUGUCUAUUUAUUCGGUAUGUUAAUUUAGUUAAAAUACAAGAUAAGUUUAUCUUUUUUCUUAAAAUAAGCUCGUAUCUGCUUUAAACCAUCACAAAAAAAAUAAUGAAAAUAUUUUUCGUUCAAACUAUAAAAAAUGAGUAUAUGAAGUCAUAUCAUUUUCAGAACAGAAAUAUGUUUAUUUUAUUCCAGGUUAUUGGUCUAAAUUUAUGAAUAAACGAAUCCGUUCCUAACGCCUUAAUAAUAAUGAAUUGUUCCCUAACUGCAGUUUUUUAUACUUUACUUAUUUACUAUUUAUAAUAUUGCGAUUUGAUGUUAAUCUGAGAAAAUAAGAACUUAACGUUUUUAAACAUUUUAAGUGUCCUAUAAACGUUCUAAUUAUAUUAUGAACAUUGAACAAUAUAAUAUGAUUCCCCUAAUAAUCAAAAUGAAUUGUUAUUGUUAAUUUUAUGAUAAUAUACGUUUAAAACUAUUUUUAACAUUUAAAUAUUACGAUUUAAACUUUGGACAAAACGUGUUACAGUAAUAAUUCUAUUUUUACAUUCUGUCGGUUUUUAAUGUUUCAUACAAUAUACUUCCAGUUCCUUCAUACUUUACAAAGUUGAAUAUUGUCUAUACUGUAAACUUACUUACAAUUAUCAUUUUUUUUUUUCAGUCUUAUAGUUAUAGUAGUUUCAAUUUAAUUUUUUACAGCUUUUUAAAUUAUAAAAUAAAAGGAUUUUCAUUAGAUUUAUAUAAAUAAGCUUGCGCUCUUUAUAAGCACUUAGAAUUUCUAUACAACGUAUUAAACCCUUUAUUAAAUUAAUCUUCAUUCGUGACUCAUUUUUCGAAUGUGAUGAUUUAUGAUUGCUGUCAAAAUUGUAGUAAUAAUACAAUACCUAUACAGCUAUCCAAGCAAAACAUAUCCCUAAUGUCCAACAUAUUCUAAUCUUGGUAUUUUUUUUUUUUUAAAUACAUUUAAAACAACAAUUUAAUAAAACUGUUAUUUUAUGUAUUUUAAUAUAGUAUAUAUUUGAUUAAAAUGUGCAUAUUGCUAAUUCAUAUGACAUUCUAUUAUAUAAUAUUAUAUUUGUUUAUAAUCGUGUGUAAAAUUAUAUUAUGUAAUAUGUAAUUUAUACCAAAUUACCUGCUGACCUACAAUUUUAUACUUUUUCAAACUGGGCAAUAAAAUUUCGUAUAGGAGAUUGUUACUGACUUCGAAUUCAACAAUUAUAAAUAUAUUUAUUGAAUAUUUGCUCAUAUUUAGAGUGUAAAAAAAUACUUAAAGUGCUUUUAUGCAAAAGAUUGGACAAAUGUUUCGACAAUGAAAACUAAUUAUGUUACGUUAUAUCAGUCAACAUUUUUAUUUCACUUUACCCAAAUAAUAAUAUAUUUUUCUUAAUAGUAAAUUAAAAACCGAAUAUUAUUUUUAUGAAACUUGCAUUCAUAUAAUAUACAAAAAUAUACACAUAAUAUCCAUAGAAAUAUAUUGAUAUUUUUUUUUUUUUUUUUUUUUUUUUUACACAUAAUUUUGAAAAAUGUGUUUAUCAAAUUUAGUAUAGUAAUUUUAAUACACCUCUCUAUUCGUGUAUAAUUUAAUAUUUAAUAUACUAUACUAUAGAUGCAUAUAUUAUAAUAAUAAUAAAUUUUUUUUGUUUAUUUUUAUUUUCAUAAAUUGGGUUUCGUAUUUCAAAUUGUAUAGGUCAUUGGUUAGUUUUGGACAUAAUGACCUAACCUAAUCUCAAUGGCGCCAAAUUAUUAAAAACAAAUUAUGUAAGACAGACAUAUCAAAAAUCAAACACCAUUCUAACCUAACCAGUCCGCUGUGUAUCUGAAAUAUGCUAAAUUUUACACAAUAUGUAGGACAAAAUAUUAUGGUUUACACAAUACAAUAAAUACAUUUUAGUAUACUAAAUAACCUAUUUAACAGCCUACUACUGAUAAUAAACUGUAUUUUAAUGUAAAUAUUAUUUUUGAUAAGUUGCAUUAUGUGAAAUAUUCAGUUAUUAAAUCAUUUAAAAUAGUAAUUUUUAAAUAAAAUAUACCGGUGUCUGUCUGUAAUUUUUAAUGAUCAACUAAUAAUUUUUAACUAAGCCUUAUUUACUAUUAUUAUAGUAUUAUGAAAGUUUAUAAUUUAUUUUUGAAUACAACACAAAAACCAAUAAUUCAUAAAGAAAUUUAUUUAAUUAGUCCAUAUUUGUAUGUAUUAUGUACUACAUUUUUUUUUUUUCCUAAAUCUUAUUUUUCAUUGUUUUAUUAUUAUUAUUAUUAUUAUUUUUUUUUUUUUCAUCAUUAUAGUAUUAAUACUUUGUAAAUUAUUUAUUUUCACCUUUACCAUUUAAAACAUUUUUCUUGAAAGGUUUAAUUUGUGCAAUGUUUAUUAGGUGUUGGUCGACUAUAAAGGUAGUGAAAUGUCAUGGACACAUCAAACACCCCCGAGCAGUCCCAGUUCGUUGGGUUCACGUAAAUCUAGCAUGUGUUCCAUCAAUUCAAUAAACAGCUGGUCUAGCGGCAGUAUACAUUCGCCAAGCCAUCAAUACUGGAACCGCUCCUUGCUUCAGGUAUUAUAUCAGACAGACAUUGAUCUGCACAAAUAACAAAAAAACCGCAUGUGUUUUUUCGUCUUACGAGACCAUCGCUAUUGUAUUUUUAUUAUUAAUUUGAAUGCAUUACUGUAUAGUUAAAUUAGAAUUAGAUAUUUGUCUUUGCUCGAGGUGAUAAAUAUUUUUUUAUAGAAUCAUUUGUAAAAAUAUUUAAAAAAAUAUAUAAUUAUUAGAUAAUAUUAUUAGAUAUUAUUGAAUUGAAAAAUUCAACAUACCCUAGUUUAUUGUUGAUUUGAAACUUAAAAAAAAAACUAAAGAAGUCUACUAAAAAUUGCCAUUACAUAGGUAAUCAAUUAUUAUAAUUUGAAAAUGUAAAAGUUUAAAUUCUAUUUUCUUGUGAUUGAAAUAUUAUUUAAAAUCCUAUUGAAGAAAAAUAAAUACUUGAUAUUACUUAGAUAGUACCUAAAUUAAAUAAAAUAUUUGUUUUAAUAUUACAAUACAAAAAAAAUGUGUAGAACAAAAUAUAGCAACAAAUAUGCUUUGUCAACAUUUUUAAAAAUAAUUAUUACAAUUAUUGGUUCACAAUAUAAAUUUAUCAACUUUUAUAUAAAUUAAUAGUUCAAUAAAAAUGCUGCAAAAAGUAUAUUUUUAUUUCCUUAACAUUCAGCAUAUUAGAUAUUUCUGCUAUUUAAAUUGGAAACAUUAUAUUUUAGAAAUAGAUUUAUAACUUAUUUUUAUUAUUAUUUGUUAAGAUUAUUAGCAUUAUUAUUACAUUGUAGUUAUUGUUGCAUGUUUUGUUUUGUUUUGUUUUUGUGUGUACAUGUAAUUUAGCCAGUAUCCAAUGAGAUGUGUUACAAAGGACCUUUACCUCCUAGUAGAUUGUGCAGUGCUUCAUCUCAUGAUUCAGGUUUUACAUCCCAAGAUACAAUAUAUACAAAACGACAGUCAUAUGUAAAGGUAAGUGCCUAAUGAAAGAUAUGCAUUUAAAACAGAUUAUGCAUUCUAGAAUAAUAAUUACCAUUUCAUAAUUUUAUGAUUUGUAUUGUUGUUUAUAGUAGUAAUAUAUUUUUGUUUAACUUUUAGGCACCAAAUUCGUCCGAUUCUAAUAGUAGUAGUGCUGGAAGCAGUACACCAUCCACACCAUUUGCCAGUUCUGAAGGUGGUUGCGGAACAUGGCCCAAUGCACAGGAAACAUUACAAUUUGAACGUGCUGCAUCAGCUAUUAUGAAUGACGCCAGACCGCAUACAAUAUCUGGUGGUGCCCACCAUCAACGUCCAGCCCUUAGUGCAUACACAUUUCAACCAGACUCUUCUAUUGAUAAAACUCCCGUUGUCUCGCCUCAAGAUGAUUAUGCUCACGUUCCUGAUGUUCCGUCCAGAGAUAUGCACAAAAGUUGUAAACCAACCUCAUUAAAAACAAUUGGUAUGUAAAUUAUUGUACAACAAUUAAUAUUGUUUUUCUUUAAAUGUUGAAUUUUCUGAAAGAAGUAAAAAAGUUAAUUUUUUACAGUACUGUAUAUUUUUGGAAUUUUCUAUCAUUCAUUCUUCAUAUAGAUACUUAUUAAAUAUAAUAUAUAUUAUAUACUCAUAUAGAUCAUAUAUUGGAUUUGCAACACAUUUUUUUUUUUUUUUAACCAGAGUUAGUUACUCUCUGCACAUUUGUUAUUAUUCGCUGGUGACAAAUUGAUAGUGCAUUAUUUUAGUACGGUUAAAAACUUAUAGUAAUCUGUGUAAUAAAGCUAUUCGUUUAAAACUUCUUCCAUACCUGAUGACUUCACCCGUCUUUCAACCAAAUUAAAAAAAAGUUUUGAAUAAUUGUUGUAAUUGGGUUGUAAUUAUUUAAAACAAAAAUUGAAUUAAACAUUUAAAAUAAACUCUACUAUUAAAUUUAAUUGAUUAUUUGAUAAUAUUAUGAUCAUAAAAAAAAUGAACACAUUGUCAAAUGGGUUAAAUAAGGAAAAGUAAAAUUUUAAAUAGGAUGACAAAAAGUCACCACUCAUCACUAUCUAUCCAAGAUGAUAACAAAAUGUUGUGACUAAUUAAACAAAACAAUUUUCAUUAUUUUAUAACUACUUCCAAUUGGAAAAGCAGUCACUGGGAACUAUAAACAAAUUUGUGGUUGGUGGUUUGCUUUAUUUUACACCUUUAUUUACCUCAAAGCAAAAUUGAAUAAUAUUUGUAUAUCAACUUUUAUAUUAUUUAAACCACUGUAAUAUAAGGAUUUAAUUUUUUUGUUAUAUACUUAAAUAUACAAUUUCUUGUGUACAGUUUUUUCUUGUAACAAAUCAAAAGUCUUCUUAAUCAACAAUACCUUCCUAUUUAGUAGUAAAGAAAAUAUGACAGAUGGCCAGUUAAGUUCUUUGUAGCAUAUUUCACAUUUCAUAUAAUUAAUACUGACUUUUUAAAUAAAAUUAUUCAUGCUCCCAAGUGUACUCAUAUAUUUAAAAUUACUUUUUUAACUAUCAUUUUUAAUAAUAUAACUAAUUUUAUAAUUUAGAAAAAAAAACAACACUGUUUUCAAUUUAUUCAUUUUCUACCAUCUGUGUAUUAUUAAAACUACUUGUAAGAUCUACCCCAAAAUAUUACUAAAAGAAAAGUUUGUAAAAAGAUUAAAUUCAUAAAUUUUAUAUAAAAUACCCUAGAAUGUUUGUUUAAAAUGAAACUAUAUAGCCUUAAUCUACAUCUUAAUCUUAUCAUGUAUAUGUUUACUUAUUUGUAUUUCUAAAAUGUAAUUAUUAUAAUUUUUUUAAUUUCUAUUUGUUUUUAUUAUUAUUAUUAUUAUUAUUAUUUUUUUUUUUUUUUUUUUUUUUUUUUUUUUAGAAUAUAUUCAACCUACUUAUGUCAAUAUGCAUGAAUUGGCUAGUAUGGCUGCCAACAAAGCUCAAGAAAGAAAUGCACAACGUAAUGAGCCUACUUCAAAUUUAAAUUUAAAAGUAAUUUUCUAUUGUGUUUAAUAAUAUAAUGUUUAAAUCUCUCGAAAAUAAAUCUACUCACAAUAUUUUGUCGCAUGUCAAUCUUUUCAUCUAAAUAAAAAUAACUGUUUUCGUUAUCUACUUGUUGACAACACAAAUAAUAGUGUACGCUAACUUGCACGUAUACUUUUUAUUUAAUUUUUCUAAGCUUUUCAGUCAGAAUUAGCAUUAAUUUUAUAUAUAUAUAUAAAAAAAAAAAAUAGAAUUAUUAAGUUUAUUUUAAUCUAAUGAGCUUAUUAGCUGGUUAAUGUAUUUCUCUGGAGAUGAAAUCCACAAUGUUAAGUAGAUUUUAACAUUCUUUUCAACAUAUUUUUUAAAUUUAAUUUUAAUCAUAUUUGGAUAUAGUAUUAAUUUAGUAUGUCUAUCAUUAAUUAAAUUAAAUGAUUUUUUUUAUCAACACAGAAUGAUGGUGAUAGAAAAGAGAGUACCAGUGAGAGUUCAUUGGAGUCGUCAAGUGGCUACAGUAGCCAAACAGCAAUAUCUAAUGCAACACCAGAUGAAGGUAUAUAUUAUAUUUAUGUUGUAUUUUAUUGCAAAAAUAAUUGUAAAUAGUAAUUGCACAUGUCUAGUAUUGGUACAAUAUUCUAUUUGGUGUCAAUUUUAUUUUCUUCUGAAUCUAUUUUGGAUAUUUAGUCUUUUUGGUUUUUAUAGUAUCCAGAAGUAAUUUAUUUUACCCUUAUAAAUAUAUUUAAUAAUUUAUACAUAUUAUUUGUGUUUAACUUUAAUACGAACAUUGAUUACAUUAUGAAAUUAUGUAUACCAUAAAUUCAUUUCAAUCAAGAUGUGUUGUAAUUUUAUUAAAUUAGUAAUUUAAAAAUAUAGAGUGGAUUCCGCUUAAUGUGGGCAAACAGAGCUGGUCCCGAUUUGCCCACAUUAAGCGACUGCCCAUAAAAAAUCAAAUUAAUAAAAACACAAAAAUUUGUAAUAUCAAAAAUGUUAAAUUACUACAUAAAUAAAACUAAAUAUAACAUACUAAAUAAAAUUACUAUUUGGAUGUAGAAGGUGUACAAAAUAUUAUUGCUUGUUGUCUAAGCUGUUUAGUAUAGAUCUGGUUAAUAAAAUGUGGGCACACUCUUCAAGUUUAUCAGACAGACUAUUUUCUUUACCUUCCCGCAUGAACUCAUACGCAAGUCUAUGUAUUUAGUCAACAAAAUCCCAUUAAGGUUUUAAUGUUAAUGCUUUUUAUUAUAAUAAUUUUCUAUAAACAUAAUCUCCUAGAUACGACAAAAUCCAAUUACAUCAAUCGUUUUUAAAUACAUAUGUAUACAUUCUAACCGAAUCGAGUGCCCUUAUUAUGUGAUUUUUUUUAUAACCUUGUUAAUAUACAUUUGUAUUGAGACCAGACCAUUUUGCCUAUAUUAUGCGGAUGCCCAUAUUAACUGGUACCCACAUUAGGCGGAAUCUACUGUAUAUAUUUAUGGAAUUUAGUAUGUAGAAAAAAAACGUCCAUUAUUUAAUAACUAAUAGUAUAGUGAAGACUGAAUAUCUAUGUACUGCACAUUAUUAAUUAUCUAGUGUUGUUAUUAAAUAUAACUCUUUGCAUGCUUGUGUGUGUUUUUCUCAUUUGUACAUAGAAGUGGAAAGUACACUUUUGAAAUACUGCACAUUGGAUAGUCGAAAUAGUAGUGCCGUCAAGGAACGUAUAAGGCCAACAUCUACAUUGGGUAUGUACUCCCAAUGCAGUAAUUUUUUACUGAUACAAACUAAAAAACAUUUAAAGUAUUCAUAUUUUCUAUAUAAUAGUGUUAUAAUAUAUUAUAAUUAUGAUAUUUUAUUCUAGUAUAUAUUUUUAAACAUAAAUUGUAAAGGGUGAAACUUUGUAAUUGUAAUAAUAAUAUAUUUUUAUGAAUUAUAAAUUAUUGAUAAUAUGAUAUUACUAGAUUUGUAUGAGUUCCCUUGAAAAAUAAUCAUAUUUUGUUAUACAGGGUAUCCUACAGUGUUUUAUGAAUGUUAUAUAACUCUUUAUUUAUUUUGUUUUCAUCCCUUAAUAACUGAAAAAAAACUUAAUUUUUUCACUUUUCAAAAUUUUAAAAAUAACUUUUUUGUAAAAAUUAUUAUUCUGAAAAUUCUAAUAUAUCAUUUAUUGAAAAUUAGUUGUUUUCACACAAAUUUUCUAGAAAUUAAAAUGGCUAUUACUCAGAAACUAUUGAUCGAAUAUGAAUGUAUAGAACAUUAGAAUUUUCAGAAUAAUAUUUUUUACAAAUUGGCUAUUUUAAGUUUUUUUUUUUUUUUGUUUUUGUUUUGAUGAAAACAAAAUAAAUAAUUAUAAAACAUUCAUAUAACACUGUAUAUUUUUUAAAAUUGAGUAAAUUAUUAUUGUUAUUAUUAUUAAAAGAAGAAAUUCCUUAGCCUACAAAUUUAUUUUAAAGUCGGACAAUCUCUCGAUUACUUGUCUAUUUAUGAUGGCAUAGAUACUAAAUUUUAAAAUAUUAAAUUUAUUUGAAUAGUCUUUCUAAGAUUUUUAAGAGGUAUUUACCAGUUUCAACUGUUUUUUUCAAAAAUACAUUAUAAUAAAAUUAUUAAAUAAUUUUAUAAAAAAAAUUUAAAAACUACUGAACCAAAUUUUAGGUUACUCCAGUCUGAGAAGUGGUACAUUAUGCCGUCGUUCUUCUGUGCAAAGCAACAAACCGCCUCCACCAAUACGUCGUACACCGUCCAUCCUAAACAAUUCAGUGCAAAAUCUACCUCCACCGCCGCCAUUUUUGUUGGAUAUUGCUGCUGAGCAACGUCAGCAGAGUCGUUCGCAGACUUCUUUGACAUCAGAAAAGGUAUAUGCUGAACCCAUGACACAUCAACGCAAACCAUUUGGUGGUAGUGUUGCCGAAACUGUACAUAAUUUAACACAAUUGAAUCAUACACCUGCAAGUCCCAUUUUGUUACGGCGCACUCCCAGUAAUCGAUCAACAAGUGCAGACCGUUGUAAUAGCCGCUCAUCCGAACCAGUUACUGGAUUUAUAGCAGCUUUAGGUUCUAGACUAUUACAGCAGCAACCCAAAGCAGCAGGCGGAUCUCCAAAGUCAGCCAGACGUUGGAAUGCUCCCGCUAGACAUUCUGUUGUAGAUCCAGCCACAUGUCACGAUUCGUUGAUGGAAGAGAUAAAAAAAGGUAUGGUGUUAAGAAGAACUAUUGUUGUCAAUGACAGAUCAGCGCCCAAAACUAAUUAGUAAUAAUUAGUUUAUAUUUUAAUAAUAUUGUUUGUUCUUAAUAAUUAAUUUUCGUGAUUUUAAUUUUUACAGUAAUAAAACCUAAUCAAUUUAAUUUAUAAAAAAUGUUAAUAAUAUAUUCAUAAUUUAAAAUUAUUUCCAUUGUUUUUGUAAUUGGAUUUAUUUAAAUUACAAUAAUUAACCCUACAUGGAUAUCUCAAUAUACAUAAUAAUUCUAAAAGUUAAUAAUUAUAUUCAAAAUGUCUACUUAUAACUUAUAAUUUCCAAAUACUCAAAAUGUGUUUCUAUAAAACUAGUUAUAAAAAACAAAAAAAUUAAAAAUGGUUAGCUUUUUUUCCUAGCAAUUUAUUAUAUGUAAAAGUUGUUUUUACUGAAGAGAUAUCAAGUAUGUAUGCUCUAUCGAUUCUUUAAUUGAGAAUAUUAUGACUUGAGCUGAAUACAUUAUUCCAUUCCAAAUAUUAUAAUAUAUAUGUUUAAUAUAAUAUAAUAUAUACAUAUAUAUAUAUUUAUCUAACACAUUCCUCUUAGAUCACUUGUAAUUAUAAUAUUCAUUGUAUGAAAAUAAAUCUCAGAUUAAUUGAUUUGAUGUCUCUGAAUAUUAAUUGUUCCAAAAAAAUGUAUACAUUUAGUUGCCAUUCCAUGUCAUAUUAAAUAAUUACAUUGAUAUGUGUUUAUAAAUUUUAAUUUAUUUACUGUGCAAGUUAAGUAUAAUUUAUUUGGAUGUUCAGGUAAAGCAAAUUGCAUAAUGUUUAAUUGUAUUUACUUAAUGCUCAUUGAGAUAAUUUAAAUCAACAAGUGCAUAUAAACGUGGUAUAUAUGUAUACAUUUGUGUUCAUUGGUUAACCAAUAUAAUGUUUUGACUUUCCGUUUAUUCUACUAUACUAUAAUAUGACUACUCUUUUAGAUUUAUAAUUAUAAUGUCGUUUAUACAAAAAUAAAUAAACAAUUAUUAUAUAAAACCAGAGUCAAUUUGACAUCCGUCUUUACAUAUUUAUCAAUACUUAUCAAAUAUUAGUGUAUUUUUUUUUUUUUAAUUUAUUACAACUAUUAAUGUAUUAUAUAAUUAAUCUUUAUUAUUAUUAAUUUUUCGUAGUUGAUUAUUAUUAUUAUUAUUUUUUUUUUUUUGUGUAACAAAUAUUUAUUAUAAUCUUGUUUUGUGUGUAUAUAGAAAAUUGUGGAUUUGUUUUAAGGGUUCUAAAUAACCAUUUGUUGUUUGAUUAAUCAUAAAAAAAAAUAUUUAAAAAUAAAGAUUACAUUUAUCUAACUUUUAU